AAAAAAGAUCUGAGAGAGGAGGAGAGAUGCUGUGGGGACUGACUUUCUCAUAGUAAGUGCAGACUGCUGAGACUGUGUCACCGGGACAGAGCGACACACCGGCCGGACAGACAGGGACAGAGCCGCAGCGACAACCUGCAGAGCAAUGUGACUGCCCAUCCGCAGCGAGACAUGGUGAGGGUGGCACUGCUCUGUCUGCCACUAUCUCACUCCCUCCAUCCAAAUCUGACUGCCAUAAACCUUCUGUCCUCACUCCAGAGGUAUCUGGCUCUUCCUGUCGCACUCUGCUCGUGUUCUUUCACUGUCUCUGCUCACAUUCCCUCUCUUUGUUUGCUUCUAGACUGAGAUCUGUUUUCAAUGAGCAAAAACCUAGUCAACAAAAGGAGUGCAUUUGCACUGUGAGUAAAGUCCCUGUAUAGGGCUGGGGGGGAUUUAUUUGGCUUAUACAUAAACCGUAAUGAUUAUAUAUCACUUAUAUCUAUAUCUCUCAAUCUCCCAAUGAUGUUGCAACAUUUUUGUUGAAAAUAGAACAAAGCGUACAGUUCAGAGUUUGCCUGUGAUUGGCUCUUGGAGUUUGUGCCCUUCUGUUAUUCGUUAAGUGCUGCCCUGCCUGUGGGGGCAGAGGGUGAGUAAAUGUGGCAGCUGCUUUCUUCAAGUCAGUCUCAAUCUGUGGCUCUGAGUUUGUCCCUCGCUGUCAUACUCCACAUACAUGUCUUUAUGUUGUCUGUUUUUUCUUUAAUUUCUUUUCUUCUUCUUUUUUACUUCGUCACUCCUUCCUUUGUGUCUCGGUUGCACUCCUAGCUGUCUCCUUCCCAUUACUUCUCUGCUUCUCUGUCUGUAUCCUCUCUUCCUCCCUCUCCAGGAAGAAAUGAUCUCACGCAUUUAAUGACUUGCAGCUGGUGUUAUGGCUGAGAAAGGACACACACAGACAUGUAUAUACUGUAUAACACAUCUAUUGAUAUAUGCAUAUGACAACACUUCUCACCGCUCUGUACAUUCACCAUUCAUAACAUAUACAAUACAGAAAGGUGCCUGUAUGCAGAUGUACAUAAAUAUGGAUUGGCAAACAGCACACCCCAAAAAUAAGAUUAAUUUUCCCCCCGAAAAUUCCCGAACAUAGAUUAGCUUACUCUCAAAUGGACUCCUGCGAAUCUAUGUUUAGGGAAAAUUACCUGAACAUAGAUUAGCGAACUUGCAACUAGGGCUUAUUUUUGGAAUAGGGCUUUAAUAACGAGCAUCCCUGGAAAAUAAGCUAAAGCUUAUUUUCCAGGGAUGUCUUAUUUUCAGGGAAACAGGGUACUAACACACAAACACACAAAGACAAACAUCUGGAACCAUAUCACCAAUUGUGUGUUUUUUUUAACCUACACAAUUAUACCUGAAUUCAUAAAUACCCAAUUGGCAAACGUGCACAAAUACAUGAAAUUAAACAGUAGGUUUUUUUUAUUUUGUUUUUAUAUGAAGGCAAGCCAGAUAAAACUGACAUUAUACAUGCCUUACCAGCUAUUAUGUCAAAAUCACUUGAUUUUAUAACAGCUUGAUUAGUUGCAGGUAUAGGGGUCAGAAUAUAUUAAUUUUGCAGUGUUUUGUUUCCUCUUAUCUCUCACGUUCCAUUGAAAGAUAACUCGUAGAAUGGAAAUUUCAGACCUAAUGCAGGUGUAGUAAUACAGCAAAAUAAAUAUUAAAAUAGACAUAUUUACCUAAACACCAGUUCAUGUACUUAUGAUAGGGCCACUAAGACAGAAAAUGGUCCAUAUGCUUUUCACAUCAAGCUGUGUCCUAAUUUGACUUAUUCAUAUCCAUAAGAAAUGUACAUCUUAAAUUGAAGGUGCUGUAACUGGAUUGCUUUAUUUAUAAUUUAUUUUUCUAUACCUUAUCCACAGUACGGAGUCAGAGUACCAUUUUUUUAAUAUGACGGUUAAAAAAAUCUAGUUUUAUCGUAUCAAGGCAUUGCCUGCAGUUCCUAGAUGAUUUAUUUACAUUUCCACGAACUAAACGUUAGUUGUGUGCAAAUAUAUGUGACUGUAGUUAGAGGAUUUUAUUAAAAAAAAAGAAAACAUGAAUGAAGCAUUUCAAGCAUGUUGGUGUCAUAUUUAUCCCUGCUGUCAGAAAAUUGGAGGAAAUAGGAUCUAGCGAUAGGGAGAUUCUUUCAUAUAAUCGGGUCAAGGUAGCACCUGGUGCAUGGAGCAUUCCCUUUAUUUGGCUAAAUUAAUGAUUGUGUGUGUUACAUUUUGAAAUCAUGAUAGUUCCACUUUAAUCAUAUUAAUACAUUCUCUGCCAGUUUAUGUAUGUGUUAGUAUGCAAAAGUCAAUGUUACUGCUUAUUCCAAAAAUAAUGAGCUAAAGUAAAGUUGCUGUAUCAAAGUAGAACAUCAGAUGUAAUUACAAAAAUAGCACAGUGACGCGUUAAAUACUCAAAUGUACUUGUGAUAACUGAUGCUCACCAUGACCCUUUGCACUGCCAGAGACAUCAGCUUCCUUCUAGAUCAGGCACACCUUUUCCUCUGGUACUCAAAUGCCAUAAAUAUAGUGUUUUGCAAUGUUAUUCUUUGUCUCUUUGGAUCCAGAUUAUUUCUCUUUUUUUUUUUUUUUACACUUUAGUUCCGUUCAGUAGUUUCGGAAUCUUGGACACAAGCAAACAUAAUUUUGGCUGGAAGAAAAGAACAGCUGGUAGACCCAGACACAAACACAUCACACGGUGAUCUACAUACAUGGCCUUAGGCACAAACACAUCACACAGUACUUUACAUACAGGGCCUGAGCCCCAAACACAUCACAUUGUUAUCUACAUACAUGGCUUGAGACACAAACACAUCACAUAGUACUCUACAUACAUGGCCUUAGGCACAAACACAUCACAUAGUGCUCUACAUACAGCACCUGAGCCUGCAACAGAUUCUCCAUACAGGACCUGAACCUGAAACAGAUCACACGGUACUCUCCAUACAGCACCUGAGACUGAAACAGAUCACACGGUACUCUCCAUACAGGACCUGAGCCUGAAACAGAUCACACAGUACUCUCCAUACAGGACCUGAACCCCAAGCAGAUAAUACAGUUCUUUACAUACAGGACCUGAACAUGGGCGUCCGCAGGGGGUGGCAAGGAUGGGCGUCCGCAGGGGGUGGCAAGGAUCCCACUGGAAUUUUCAGCCUGUUCUGCUAUUUUUCAUGUGAUUGAAAAUGAACUGCAAUACCGGCGCCGGCCAGUAGGCGCUGUGUAUAGAGAGAGACAGGGAUAGGAAGCUGCAUCUUAUCCCUGCUUCCCUCUGCUGAUUGAAACGCAGGGGAGCAACACAUACAGCCAGAGAGAGCCUACAGAUCAGGUAAGUGAGGGAUGGGGGGGAGGGUUUGAGAUAGCCUAUAGAUUAGGGGAGUGAGGCUAGCCUAUAGAUUAGGGGAGUGAGGCUGGGGGGCAGCAGCCUAUAGAUUAGGAGAGUGAGGUGGGGCAUCCUAUAGAUUAGGGGAGUGAGGCUGGGGGGCAGCAGCCUAGAUUAGGGGAGGAGGCAGGCAGCCUAUAGAUUAGGGAGUGAGGGCAGCGAUAGAUUAGGGGAGUGAAGGGGCAGCAGCCUAUGUGAUUAGGGGAGUGAGGAGCAGCAGCCUAUAGAUUAGGGGAGUGAGGCUGGGGGGGCAGCAGCCUAUAGAUUAGGGGAGUGAGGCUGGGGGGGGCAGCAGCCUAUAGAUUAGGGAAGUGAGGCUGGGGGGGGGCAGCAGCCUAUAGAUUUUCCUAUAGAUUAGGGGAGUGAGGGGGGGGGCAGCCUAUAGAUUAGGGGAGUGAGGGUAGCCUAUAGAUUAGGGGAGUGAGGCUGGGGGAGGGCAGCAGCCUAUAGAUUAGGGGAGUGAGGCUGGGGGGGCAGCAGCCUAUAGAUUAGGGGAGUGAGGCUGGGGGGGCAGCAGCCUAUAGAUUAGGGGAGUGAGGCUGGGGGGGGCAGCAGCCUACAGAUUAGGGGAGUGAGGCGUGGGGGGGCAGCCUAUAGAUUAGGGAAGUGAGCAUAGGCGUGCGCAGCCUAUUGCAUUAGGGUGUGCACCCUAAAGCACAAACACACGCCACCUGUAUAUGUAUGUAUAUAUAAAUAUUUAUAUAUAUAUAUAUACAUACACUGCUGUGUGUGUGCUGUGUGAUGUGUGUGUGAGGGUGCUGGUAGUGUGCUAUGUGGGUGAGGGUGCUGUUUGUGUGCUGUGUGUGAGGGAACUGGUAGUGUGCUGUGUGUGCAUGUUUGUUCGGGUUCUGUUAGUGUGCUAUUUGUGUGCUGUGUGUGGGUGUUGUGUGUUUGUUAGUGUGCUGUUUGUGUGUGGGUGCUGUGCGGGUGUUGUGUGUGGGUUUUGUGUGUUUGUGAGGAUGCUGUUAGUGUGCUGGGUGUGCGAGGGUGCUGUAUGUGUGUAGGUGCUGUGUGUGUGGUGGUGCUGUUUGUGGGCUGUGUGUGCUGUAUGUGUGUAGGUGCUGUGUGUGUGCUGUUUGUGUGUGUGUGCUGUAUGUUUGGGUGGAGGUUGGGGCAGAUUAGUUAAUAUCCCAGUCCUGCUGCCUUCCCUGGUGGUUCAGUGGAGAGUGAACUCUAGCUCGGUUUCUCUGCUGCCUCCUUCCAUUCUGCUGUGGACCGGUGAGGUAGAUCUUUGAUCUCCCCACCGGCCCAUGGAGGCUUAGACCAGAGCUGCCGCUCGGAUAGUGUCGGCUCUGCAUGAGCCAACCGGAGAGAUCCAGAGAUCUCUCCUGUCGGUCUCAAUCCAUUGGCGUGCCGCGGGGAUUAGGGUGUGCCCAGGCACACCCGACACACCCAGUGCGCACGCCUAUGGAAGUGAGGGAUGGGGGAGACAGCCUACAUGAAGAGUCAGCAAGGAGCAGGAAGGUAAAGUAAGAGAAGGAGCAUAAAGGAGAAGGAACAGAAAUGAGCAGGAAGGGACAUCAAGGAGCAGAAAGGGGCAGAAAGGAGCUGGGAGGGACAGCAAGGAGCACAAAAGGUAAAGUAGGAGAAGGAGCACAAAGUAGGAGAAUGAGCAGGAAGGGGCAGAAAGGGACAGAAGGAGCACAAAGGUAAAGGAGCAGAAAGAAUCAGAAGGAGCACAAGAGUAAAGUAGGAGAAGGAGCAGAAAGGGAAAGCAAGGAGCACAAAGGUAAAGUAGAAAAAGGAGCAGAAAGGGUCUGCAAGGAGCAGAAAGGGAUCAGAAUGAGAAAGGAGCAGAAGGGCGCAAAAUAAGCAGAAAGUAGCAGAAAGGUAAAGGAGACAAGGAGGAGAGAAGACAGUGUCAGAAGAAAAAGAAGACUGUGUCAAAUGAAGGAGAGGAAAAGGAGAUUGGAGCAGGAAGGACAAAUUAAGUGAACCCUCCACUUUAUUCUGGACACGACAUCAUAAGGCUUUGGUACCUGGGCCUGGCAGGGAAAUUUUGGACCUUCUCAUCUCCAAAGGUAAAAAAAAAUAUCAGUGUUAAUGUUAACUUUUAUUUACUGAGUGUCAGGAAGCACAGAGUGCCGUUGGGUAGGGGUGUUGCUGAUUGGCUAGAGCAGUCAGCUGGCACUCUAAGCCAAUCAGUAGCUACUCAUUCAUAAAAAAGUAAAAAUAUUUUAUGAACCGGGAACUAGCGAUUGGCUUAGAGUGUCAACUAUCCACUCUAGCCAAUCAGCAGCACCCAUGCCUGAAGCCAAUCUGCACUUCCUGACUCUCUGUUUCAGAAGCCGAAUACCACUGAGCGACCUGGAGCUGGAGGAAGCCUUUGGGGUUAAACCAUUUGAGAGCGAUUUAACCCCUUAAAGGAAAGAGAGCACACAGGGGCUUCCUGGCAUCAUAGCAUUUUCAUUUAGGUGAAGUUGUUUUGUUGACCAGAAUGGUCCUUUAAUUUGCUUAAAGGAACACUAUAGUGUCAGGAAUACAAACAUGUAUUCCUGACACCAUAGUUGUGAAAACGCUAUUCACCCUGGCUUUAUGUGAUAAUGGCUUUGCCCCUUCCCUUUCAUGACACUAUCAUAAAGGUACCAAGCAUGGAUAUCAUUACAAUUAUGUCCUCCCCCCCCCGCCCCCCGGAAAGAUUCCUGCGGACGCCCAUGGACCUGAGCCCUAAACACAUCACACUGUACUCUACAUGCAGACCUGAGUCCUAAACACAUCACAUGGUUCUAUCGAUACCUGGCUUGAGACACGAACACAUCAAACAGUGCUCUACAUUUAUGGCCUUAGGCAAAAACACAUCACACGGUACUCUACAUACAGACCUGAGUCCUAAACACAUCACAUGGUUCUAUAGAUACCUGGCUUGAGACACAAACACAUCAAACAGUGCUCUACAUUUAUGGCCUUAGGAAAAAAACACAUCACACGGUACUCUACAUACAGGAUCUGAGACCCAAAUACAUCACACGGUUCUCUACAUACAUAUAUACAUACAGGACCUGAGCCCCAAACAUGGUACUCUACAUACAUACAGGACCUGAGCCCCGAAAACACAUCACCUGGUGCUAUGCAUACUUGGGCUAAGGCAAAUACAAUACUCUACAUUCAUGACUGAGCAACCAGCACACUAUAUAGUGUUCUACUUAAAAAGCUGGAAGUGACAGUUCCUUGUUCCGUUACCCUAGGAAAUGCUAUUGUAAUAGUUACCAUGCUGAAAAACUGCAGAGGUAAUAAAAAGUGCACUUGGGUUUGCAUAAGCAUGUGCUAUGGGCAUCUACACAGAAAUCUGUUUGAACCCAUGUGUGCAGCACUGAUGGGAUUACAUUACCAUGCUGUGCCCAGUGUGCUCUAAAGUGCAGGUUAAUUAAUAAUUAAAACAGAAUAGACAAUAGCACACAUUUCAUUAGUUAUUUGGUUGUGCAGAAGUCCUACAAGUGACAGUUCCUCUACCACUACAGCCUCAUAACCACGACAGCUUCUUUCCCAGAUACCCUCUUGCACUGAGCUAGCCAAGGUGUUUAAUCAUGAAAUAGUCAGACUACAUGGAUUACCUGUGGAAAUAGUCUAGGACAGUGGGAGUCCGUUUAUUACUCGUUUUUGAGGUAAUGCUUGCUUUCCUAUGGAGAGGGCCUAAUGCGCUCAUCUUGCAUGCGCAUUAGGUCUCCCCUCUGGAUGACGUUGGAAGAGGCGGAGCACCGGCCCAGUACCAAAGGGACAUUGGUGUUGGAAUCAUGUAAGUGACUCAAUGUUUUUAAAACCCUUUAUCUGCCGUGGGAAGGGGGGACCAAAGGGCACUAUAGUGUUAGGAAUUCAGAUUUGCUAAAGCUAAAGUUGUUUUGAUGCCUAUAGUAUCUCUUUAAGGUUGCACACUGCAACCUAUAACACAACAUGAUGUAAAAAGAGUUGCUGAUAGAAAUGGGGGCCAGAAUCAACAGUUUUGCUGUGCCAAAUAUAAAGAAGGUCCAUCGGGCUGAUAGAUAUUCCUUGACAAAAAAAACCUGAAAACAUACACUAAAUAUGAAAUAAUAUGAACUGAAAUAUCAUCAUAAACCUGAUAGUUUCCCAGAUUAUAUGCUGGGGCUGUAGUUCUUAAUUCUUGGAUUGGGAAUCAGAUCCAAAAUUGGUUCUACUUAAAGACAAACUAUAGUGUCAGGAAAACAAAGUUGUAGCUCCUUAUAGUGCCCCCUUCCCUCGUGCAGUUAAAACCUAAAAGUUAAAAACCCCUUCUGUCACUUACCUAUUCCAUUGACGUUUUCCCCCUCCACUCCUCUCCCACUGACGUCAGCAGGAAUGCUUUCCUAUAAGGUUUUACAUGACACUGGAUGUCCGAGGACAUCUAGCGUCAGUUAGGAAACCAAACGUCACCUAACAACCCAGAGGUCACUCCGGGGCUUUCUGUUAGACAUCCACUUAAAGAUGUAAUUAUUUCAGUUUAUUGGAAAUAAUUGCCUUUCCAGGGUUAAGGGACCUGGGACUUUGCAGUCAAACCACUUCAAUACGCUGAAGUGGUCUGGGACUCAAACGUGCGAGAAUAUGAUAUUGACACAGCGCCUGACUGAUGAAGCACCAGGAUCUGAUAUUGUUUGCUGCAACACAGCAGGGUUCUACAAGAGAGAGUUUCAGGUAAGUACAUCUACCUUAAGUUUCUCCCCCUGGUCUAAGUAACUCAAGCUAGCAUGUCACCUUUAGGGUCUUUGUGAUAUAUGCAAAGAUCCCGGAAGAUGACAGAACUGCUAUUUAUAAGAAUUAUUUCAACAGCAACCUUAUAAUGAAUCUAUCUACGUAAUGUAUUACCAACUGCAAUCUUACAAUAGAGAGUCAAUGUGUGAACAAUCAUAAGAGUGCACAUUUAGCCAACACGAAAUGUAUUAUGUAGCCCAUGAGAAAUUUAAGUUACCAUCUUUGUAAAUAUAAAUGUAAAAUGACGUAAAUAUAUAUUUUUUUUAUCUCAUUGAUCCAUACCCAGUAUAUCUUAUCAUUUGCAUUCAAGGCUCUCUUAUCCUUUAUGUUAUAUGUCUAUGUAUUUAUUUUUCUAAAUGAACUCAGUACUAUCUCCCUAAUGUUAUAGCCUCUCGCUACUAUUUCCACUUUUCUUUUAAUCACUGUGGGAGGUUUGGCAUUGCAAACAUUGAAAAGAUUUUGCAGAAGUACUUGGUGCAGACAACCAGACUUCCCUUUAUAUUUAUAGUGUCGGGCCAUUCCUCCGUCUGUUAUAGUACAAUCUCUGUACUGGUAAUGCAUACCUCCCAUGUUUCCUUCUUUAAGAUCUUUAAAUCUUUCUAUCCCUCUUCGUGCUCCUGUGGUCCCUCUUCUAGUUGUCUAUAAUACUUGGUGUAUGUAUCAUACAACAAUGCGCCUAUACAUAAUGCAUGUUUAUACCUCAGUCAACAUGAUUGGGGUGAAAAAAAAGUGAGACAGUUUGUUUAAAUAGCAAUUACCGGUAAUAGUAACAAGGAAUGCAGGGUACUCUGAAAAUGUGACAAGCACAAAUACAUACACCAUUAGAAAUCUACAGGUCCUGUUACAUGUACUACUUUUAUUGGAAAAUGUAAAAUAAAAAAAUAACAUCACUAGAGCAUCAUCAUAUCUAUGAAUAAGUGUUCAUAUCUUCUGGAACAUUUGUGACGAGGACUGGCUAACUCUCUUUAUUGAGUAUAUUGUACAUUCAAUAUUAAAGGUGUCCAGACUAAAAAGGUACUUUCUAUAAAUAAAUAAAAAAAAUAAGAAAAAAAAUAAUGACCAAAUUCAAGCUGUUCUAACCUUGAAGUCAAUGUAUUUGUGUCACACUUUGAUCUGGCUUGAGGAACACCAGUGUGCACAGUAUGCUGGAUGAAAACCACUGGCUCUAUAGAACAGCAACUUCGCUUGUGUGCUGCAGGUCAUUUACAGUACCAAGAUGACAUAAAAGUUAGUAAGUUAGCAAGUACUAAUUAAUUUGUGAAGCACACCUUCAAAGUAAAAGUUGUCAUCUUUGGCUGUUUGAAGCGUUGUAGAGGUGUGGUGAAACACAUUUAAAUGUCAAGACCAUUAAAACAGAAUAUAGUUUUAACUUACAUAUAGCAGCAUAUGUAGGCAAUAUGUAUAGCUUUAGAAAUGAUUCUGUUUUAAUUCUCCAAAAUGAGUGUUGUGCACCGAAACAUUACAUUUUCUUAUGCCUUUUCAGAUGCCCAGAAUUAAAUCAGUUAGGUUACACACUUCUGUUGCAUUUUUAAGUAUUGAUUCAAUGUCAAACUGAUGUAAAAACACCUGAUCAGGAUGGAUCAAAAUUGCCAUAUAUUAUCCAGGAAAUACUGUAAAUUGCUGAAAGGUUCCUUUUGAUUUAAAAAUAUGACUUGACUGUUUCUUUAACAAUGCAGAUUGUCUCAUUAACAGAAGACACAGUCCCUGUGAUGCAUAGCAAUGCUGUUUGUGUUCUUGUGUACAAGUUGUAUCCUAUAUCGAAUUGUUACAUAGAAUGUAUUUGUCUCUUCCAGACCCCGCAGUCUGUGGAAGAUUGCUUGCAAAGUGCUCUCUCCUCUCUGUACCCUCCCUUUGAAGUUACAGCCCCCACGCUCCUGUCUCAGGUGUUUUCAGUGUUGGAGAGGACAUAUCGUGAAGAUCCCCUGCGAUACACUCUAGAAUUCCUAAUACCAGCUAAGAGAAUCCUUCAAAAUGUGCAGCACCAGGCCUGUGUAAGUCUCACUAUGGUGCUUACUUCUACAUCUCUAUCAUAAGCUUGCACUGGCUGUUUCACUAUGUUCCUCUGUGCAUAGUAGAUGUAUAGCAGGUUGUUAGUCACGUGUUUCAAUUGUCUCAUGAUAUGUGUCAAAUAAUUUGCCCUCUGUUGUCCUAAUUUCCACCCUUGACUUUUUAAUCACACAAGCUGCAUUUUUACAUCUUACCGUGCAAAACCAUCAAAGUUUUCCAUUAUAUUCAUAUUCUUCUUCUUCCAAUCUCUCUUUCUCCCUAUUUUAUAAAUGCCAUUUUUGCUUUGCUUAAUUUCUUUAAUUUCUGUAUUUUUUUCUUCAUGUUAUUUGGCAGUCUCAAUAUAGUGGAUUCCUAUUCUUUCACGAAGGAUGGCCGCUGUGUCUUGGUGACAAGAUUCUUAUUCAACUCUCCUCCCUUCCCUGGCACUUUCUGAAGCCUGGGGACUUCUACCUUCAGGUUGUGCCAUAUCUUGAGUGCUCCCCACGCCUUGUGUUAAAGUGCCUUUCUCAAGAUGGCAGUGGAGUCCAGGAGAUUGUGGUUCCUGAAAGCUCCCAUUCCUUCAUUUUCUCUGCUGAAUGGCUCAAUAGUAUCAAUAAAGACAGGAGCUCAGUACGAUUGGAGAAUUGCCUGGCAGCAGCGGAAGAGAAAGUUCUCCGACUGCAUUGGUCUGAGGUUAUUUAUCCACGUUUCAUCCACAAGGAAGGCUUUAUUGUAGGUAGGAAAUGCCCUCUUGGUCCCAUGCUGCCUCCACUGGAGUGUCGGAGUCCUGGGGAUGGAGGAAUCACCAGCGUUGAUCUUGUAGACCCUAAAGUCAGCCCUCAGUUCUCAUUUUCAAAUGUUCAACAAGACUUAGUGAGCUCACCUGUCACUGAUUCAAUUUGUGGUUCUGUUUUGGAUUGCAUGGAAGGUGAAUAUGUGGAACUAAGCCCUCCAAAUAAAUCAAAUAAUGGAAAAUUGGACAGCUAUAGAGACACAUGGGUAAAUAGGGCCAAGACAGCUCCAAGCAGAAAGGGCAAGAAGAUGGGAUACCAGGCUUGGUUGCAUGAGAAGAAACCAGGAAAGGUUGGGUCUUUGAGCACUUUGAAGCAGAGAACUCAAGAUACAUGGAAAGAAAGAUUGUGCACAGGAGCAUCUGAAGACCAAAGUAAGUCUACAGUGGAUAGCUCAAAUUAUUGGAAUGCAGAUGCAACAGAAUGUUCCAAUGAGACAGACUUGUUGAGUGAAUGGAGAAAAGGCUUGGAUCUUCUUCAGAGACAUGAUGACUGUGACAUCCCUUCUGAGAGGCAGGACUGGAUUUCCUCUGAGAGUCCAACAUGGGUUUCAAAAAACUAUUCACAGGAACAGAGGGUGGAAAGCGUGGGAGCAGAUAGGACUGAGCCCAUAACUGGUUGUCAGGAAGAUGACAUUUUAUCAAGGACAAUAGAAGGAUUCUCCCUGAAAAUAAAUAUAACUGAUGAAAGCCAUAAAUUGCUUUCCACAGAAAACUCUGUAUAUAUCACCAGUGACUGCGGAGCUGUACCUGGAGAUGAUGUACAACAGGCUUCUUCUAUACAGUGCCAAAAUAACACAUUAAAGGGUAAUCUUAGAAGCCUGGUAGGCAACUGCCCAGUAAAUUUCCAGUUGGGUUCCUUAAACAAAGCAUUGAAAGAUGAAGAAGAUACAAUUUCCGUGGUCUCUCAUGCUAAAGAGUCAUUGUUAACCAAAACAGAUAGGACAUGGGCAGAUGGUCAAGAAACUUCAAUCAUACAUGGUAGACUUGAAGAAAGUACCACUGUGGGGGGUACACAGUUACCAUCCAGUGAGAUAAGACCACAUGAAGAUCAAGAAAAGCAACCGACCUGGAGCCAUAUUACUGAUACUCCACAAAAAACAGGGAGAGGACGACGAAAAAAAAGAAACAAGAGAGGAAGGGGGCCUUUAAGGACAGAGGCAAACAAGGGAAUUACUAAAACCUCAGAGCCUAAAACAGAUGCCGGGAAAGAAGUAACUGAGACUAUCAGCAAAACCAAAGAAGAUGAAGAAAGAAAACCAGACAUUGAAAAAAAUGAUGAGAGCCAGAUGGGUAAGCUUUAACAUGACCCCUUCACCUCUUCUAAAUCAAAAGAUAGCUCACAGUCAAAUACUUGUUAUCAGUGAAAUAAAAAGAUGAACUAAAAGAAUUAAGUCUAAAUGCUAUUACUUACUAUUAUUGAAUGUUAAAUAUAACUGGUCAUAUUUUACUGUAGGUUACUCAUGGUUGACUUUGCGAUUUGUGCAGGGCAUUAGAAAUGGUCUUAAAGAUACAAGCCGUACAUAAAGUAGAUGCAGACAUUAUAGAAAAAAAUUAUGUUUUUAGUACAUUUUGCAGUCACUCAUGCCGCAUAAAUAGACCUCCCCAUUAUGUUAGCAGUUGUGUUCACAUGCUAAACUGUCAGUGAUUUCUCAGCAGAAGCUCUGCCCCCACCUGCUGUCAUCCACACAGUUAAGGUGCCGUGUGUGGAAUUAAAUGUGGACGCAGAUCAGCCACUUUCCCAGAACCCCUUGCUACCCGUGUCUCCCUCUGAUGGUUUGAAAUGUCUGCAUAAAGAUGUCAACUGGGAUUUAAUGGAGUCGGGCUUUAUCUGUUUGACUGGUAAGACGUAAAACGUGAUGAUGAUGAGAUGGAUGGUUUUUGCAGUGCAAAAAUAUUAAAACUCCUCUCAAUGUCAAAAUUCCCAAAAAUCAUUAGUGAAAACAAUAUUUAUUUAUUUUUUACCACUAUAUAGCUCUUGUUCUAUUUAUUUUACAGGCGGACAGGACAGAGACAAGAAAGCAUUGCUGGUCAUUUGUCCAAGUAAAGCAACAGCAACUUACAACCACAGUGACAUUGUGCAGACCGUCUCUUAUCUACACUCUCUACUUAGGUAUGAUAUUGUAAAGCGCUACGGAAUCUGUUGGUGCUAUAUAAAUGGCAAUAAUAAUAAUAAAAUAUGCGGUAAAGGAAAGGGUGUUAACUGGGAGUGUUAUAAUGAAACAAUAUUUAAGAGUAUAUAAGAUUUCAAAGAUAACUAAAUAUCUAUAUAUCAUAUGUAUGUAGGUGCUAGCUCAUAAAAUACAGAUUCAUUUUUUGGUGUUCUGCAAUGAGUGGAUCGUUUUGUUAUAUUUAGAAAAUCCGUUGCAUGGGAAUGUUGUUUACAGUAAAAAUGUAGAUUAGUGGUUUACAAACAUCUAGAUUUUGAAGACAGCUGGCAUAGAUGGCAUCAAGUUAGUUGUUAUUUAUUAGAACUUAGGGUUUUAGCUUUCUCCUGAAGGCUUUGACUCAAUCAAAACUCCUCGGAAGUCAAAGGCAACCCGUGGCACUUCAAACAGAUAACAUUCAUUGACGUGAUUAAUUUGCAAACGUAACUUUUUUUUUAGAUGCACAGUUGACAAAACAUUUGUAGAUUCCUAGAAAACGCCACAAUAGUAGACGAGACUGAGUUGUUAGUUGUGAAACAUAAUAAGAAGAGUCAGAUUGUUGAAUUGACGUGUUCCUUCCUCUUGCACACAGACCUGAACUACGUGAUUUGGGCAUAAACCUCAUCCUGGAUCUCCGAGACUGUACAACACCCAAUGAGUGCCUCCUCCAGACACUGAAAGAUAAUAAGGUAUAUUCUCUAAGGCAGUUUGUGGAGUACACUGACUUAGGGUUUUUAAAUAAUCUGUUCUGGGGUGAAUGACAUAACAUCAAGCAAGGUGUUAGGAAGCCACGUAACCAAGAGAUGGUUACAUUCAGGUAAAAGCAAGAGGCAGAACUGCAUUUUUAUAAUGGCAUUAAUGGCUUGUACUAUAAACAUCCUUUAUAAUAUACAACUGUGCUAUUAAAUCAUGUGUAAGAUCUUUAUUUAUAAUAUUCCCUUUAUGUGUUUACUUACAGGACUCCUUAAGUCACUUUAUAAACUGCACUUUAAUAGUCUGUGACAAAGAGAAUUCUGCAACUGUUCCCAGUGACCUGCUCAGUUCACAGGCAAGUACGCAACUAAUACCAUGACAGUCAUGUGUAAAGUAAACCUGUCCACAUGCCUGUAUAAUCCUGUUCCCCAUCACUGUCAUAUUAUUAUUUGAAUGAUAUGUCAUUUCCAAUAUAUUCACUUUGCCUUACCUCUUUGUACUUUAUACAGUAUUAUUCACAGCAUUACUAUUUUAAACAUAUAUCUGUAUAUACCAUAAAGCAGUAAUUGACCGAUAGAAAUAAUGUUGAUAGACAAAAGAGGUGAAGAGGACUGCAUUCUGUCUAACAUUCCUUCUUAUAUUACUCCUACAGGUGUCAGUUGUCUUGUCUUCAGAGAUAACGCAGUUCAUUGAUUUGGAGGAACUGCCAGAGAGCUUUGGUGGAGAGAGACCUUAUGUUCCCUCUGAGUGUGUUUGGGGCCAGCGGGUGAGACAUACAACUACACACCCAGCAUGUGUGGGGCUGUCAUGUAAGACACAGAACUAUGUGCAUGUUACAUGGGUUGGGGGAGACUUAAAUGGGAUCUAUUACAUGAUUAUGUCUAUUUUGUGUAAGGAAAAAUAAAUAGCCACAUGCACUGAACUGCACUGAGACUCUUUGCAUGUACUCAUUUCAAUGUUCCCUUCUACAAUCUCUAAACUGAAAGCAUUGACAUUGUGUGUAAGAAAUUAAUUUUGUGACCUUUUUUCUGACUUUUUCUAAUUGUAAGUGUUCUGUGUGAUAGAUGGGUGUACGGCAUGGGUGUACAUGUGUAAAUGGACAGAUAACCUGUAUAUCAUUACCAAUAUGGUAAAGUGCUAGUUGUAUCAGUUAAUAUUAAUCCUGACAAAUGUUCUGCUUCAUAGAAAAUGCUAUCUUAUUUUGAAAUAUCUUAACACAAUUAAAUGCAGAUUUUUCCUGUACACUUUUUAUCACUUUGGCAAAUUAAUUACCUCUGGAAAUGAUGUACAUACUGGACUGUUCAGUCAUCUCAGGGAAACUUUUAAAAUCAUUGGGAGAUCAGUUUGUAUCCUACUUUUCAUCACUUUUUUAAUUACACCUCAAGAGACAUGCUUUGAUUAGUUUAUAUAUUGGAAAGGGGUAGGGGAUAUAGAUGACAGCUUUUAUCCGUACACAAUCCCAGUUACAGUCUGUUCAUUUCACAAUACAUGCACCCACUUACGUUUAUCCAAAACAGCAUUAAAGGGACACCAUAGUCAACAAAACAUGUUUAGCUUAAUAAAGCUAUUUUGAUGUAUAGGUCAUGCCCCUGCAGUCUCACUGCUCAAUUCUCUGCCAUUUAUGAGUUAAAUCACUUUGUUCUUGCUGCUUUAGUCACACCUCCCUGCAUGUGACUUACACACCUUUCAUAAACACUUCCUGUAAAGAGACAGCUAAUGUUUAUACUUCCUUUAUUGCACAUUCAGUUUAAUUUAGAAUUUAUUAUCUCCUGCUCCAUUAUUAACUUGCUAGACUCUGCAGGAGCCCCCUGUAUGUAAUUAAAGUUUAACUUACAGAGCAGGAGAUUAAAAAAAAUAAACAUAAAGUUACAUCUGAUUGAAAAUGUAACCAUUUUUUUCAUGUAGGCUGUGUCAGUCACAGCCGGGGGAGGUGUGGCUAGGGCUGCAUAAACAGAAACAAAAGUGAUUUAACUCCUAAAUCGCAGUUAAUUGAGCAGUGAGACUGCAGGAGCAUGAUCUAUACACAAAGACUGCUUCAUUAAGCUAAACUUGUUUUGGUGACUAUAGUGUCCUUUUAAACAAUACAUUGAGUGCCCCAACAUAUGUCAUAACGCACACUGCAUUACUAAAACCCCUAUAAACACACACUGCAAGGGAGCCCUAAGUAAGAUUUUUUUCUAGUGUCUAAAACAAGUGUGGGAGGUUAUUAAAGUGACCAGAGCAUAAUGAGUUACACAGAAUGUAGAAUUUUAUUUAAAAAUGUGCUAAAUAAUUUUGGAAAUUUACAAUUACAAUAUUUAGAUAUCGUUUUCAUUCACUAAUCAAUAUUGUAAAAAUGUGGCUUUGUUCUUAAUUACUACAGACAUUCUAAUAGAAAUACAAUAACAUUGCAAAGUAAUACAAUACAAAAAAAAAACAAUUCUCCAAAUUUUGCUCCUCACACAGAUAUCGCUCUCUAACCAUCAUCCUACUGUCAAUGUUUUGCAUUUAUUUGUUAUGACUUUUGCUUUUUUGUUUGGGUUUUCUUUUGCAGUCUCUGGGCAAUCUUUACACUCUGUGCACUGAUGUACUGAAGUCACUAGAGGAUGUCAUACAUGAUUUAGAGACUGACAGCAUUCUGGUAAGGGUUUUUCUUUAACCUGUAGAAAUCCUCAUUAAAUCUUUAAAGAUGCUGAUCAACAUUCUCUGCUGUUGUGACACUUUUAUUAGUAAACAUGCUAUUAUAAAUUCCCACAAUUCUUCCCAGAAUGUAUUACUUAAUCAUGUACAAUUUUCCCCUCUCAUAUCUGGGCUGAUUUAUUCAUACUGUGACUUUGUGAGAGAAGGAAGGUGCAGUUGUAAUUUGAAGGCAUAAUUGCAAAAACAAAAAUUGAGCCAAUCUUUCUUUUGGUGCAUGAUAUGGAUAAUACAUUAAAAUAUAUUUAGAAACCAGCCAGUCAUGAUGCUCCUAUAACAUAACAUUCUAUGGCAUUGCUGAGUUUAUAUUGCUGGAGAUGUCAAAUUUGUUAGUGUUCCACCACGACAAUAGCCAUAGUUUUGUAUUCAGCUACUGUCCCCUAACACAGUUGUACUGUCACCAGAUUUUUGAGACGUUAUAACGUCAAAUGCUUCUUUCAUUAUUCAAAUUUUCAACAUUCACUGAUGGAUUUAUUAGGUCUAUGUUCUUUUUGGAACAAAUUCAUUUUACUCCCAUCUUGGCAUGUCUUUGAAAAUAAUUUAAUAUGGGGCAUUUUGAGUCUUUACACACACACACACAUGUAUUAUUUUAUAUUCAAAAUAAAAGAGGUGUGUAAUCUCAAUAAUUACUGCAUGUAUUGUAAUCAAAUGUCUUAUCUUAAACAAUGGUCCCCUGAUACAAAGAUAAAUAGAGUGGUAUAGCGUAAUUCAUGCCGAUUCGUCUUUUGAUGAUUAGACAUAAGCUGGCAGUGGAUCCAAAAAGCCCACUGUCAGACAUAGUUACAUAGGCUAAGCAGACAUGUGUCUAAGUUCAGCCUUUCUCACAUCUGUUUUUGCUGUUGAACCAAAUGAAGGCAAAAAACAGUUUGAAGCUCUUUCCAAUUUUGCUAAAUCUUUUUGAUUUCAGAAUAACAGACAGAUUUCUCACUGGAUCAAUAAGCUAUUACCCAACAAAUUAAAAGCUAUAUCCCUGAAUAUUAUGUUAUUGCAAGUAUUCAUCCAGUUGUUGUUUAAACAUCUGUACAGAAAUGUACAAUUAAAAUACACUUUUAUCAUUCCAAAUGCUUACAUAUAAACUGACCCACCGUAUAGGGGUAUAGUAAUGUUAACUGCAUCGUCAACAAUAAGCAGGAUCCUGAUUAUGUAUUUGAGACUUUACCUCUGUAGUAGAAAUUCACUGAUCUACUCAGGUAAGUUGCCUAACAUUGAUGGCAAUGCAACUCUGUCUGAAAGCAGUUACUCAGUAGCUUCAUGCUCAUUGCUAUGAUUGCAGUAAGCAUAUCCAAAAUGUUAUGGUUUCUUUAGUUUUUGUUUUUAGAAAAAGUCACCCUAGCACUGCAAGGGUAACUCACAUUAAAGCCAUACGUGUGUGGAUAGAAAAUUGGCCUAUCAUUUGAUUAUAUUAAAAGGUUUUUGAGGUUGAAGCAACAGUGCUGGGUCUUCUUUUUCCUUUUAUUAAAUCCACAUGUCACUGUGUAUAAGAGGCAAACAAAUCCAUUGGUUUUAACAACGUAGUCGCUAGUAUGAAAUGUGCAGACAGUUUGUCUUCUAGAGCCAGGUGUCUUUACAACACUCUAAGUUAGUUUUCACUAUGCAAAUGUUUCCUAUUUAUCAGGACCCUGAAGCAUUAAUAAGUCAUCAUCGAGAUGCCAUGAAGAAAGCAUUGAGUGAUGAGAGACUGCAGGUGCUGCAAAGAGAUGGAGGAACAUUAGUAGCAAGGUUGCAGAAGUCAUCAUACCUGAGGUAAUUCUCAAACCAGGCUAGCCACCCCAAAACUAUGAAAAGAAGAUAUGUGAAGAUAAACAACUAUCUCUAAAUUGUAUUGGCAUUGACAGGUUUUAUGACCCAGCAAUCUUUGAGCUUUAUGAGAAGGUGGAUGAGGCUUUGCAUCGCCUUGUGCAACUAUCUAAUCAAAAAUUGCAAGAACUGGAGGAGAGACUGUCACCACAAGAUUAUUUUGACCGGACACUUGAGGUGAAGACAUAAAAAAUGAACACACCACCUUGGUGUCUAAUUUAUUGCUUAAUCUAGGCAUCGUGGAAACCAGUAGAAAAUCUUGUUAAUAAAAGUUAAGUACCUCAAAAUGAUGAAAGAAUUAUGGUUCUACAAAACUACAAGAUUUCGUAGACAUGACAACCCCCACAAAUAUACCUAACUGCUCUUGAAGAUAAUAUGUGACAAUUACUAAGCAGGGAGAACUAUAAAGUCAUUGGUCUCAGAAAGUGAAGCAUGUUAAGGACUACUCAAAAUGUUUAGAUUAGCAUACUAGUAUAGGAGUGUAGACAUGGGAGAUUGUUGGCUUUCACUGUGUACACACCGUAUUAAGCCAUGAAUAGAUAAUUAUCCCAGUAAGUAAUCCAUCAAUUACAUUGUAGACAUCAUCAGUGAGAAAGAAAAUUGGUAAGAGAAACAGGUCAUCUCUGACACAGGCUUGCCACUGACUAAAUAUAUUAAGUAUAGUUUAUCAUCUUUGAACUUCUUUACAGGAUUCCAUGAGCCUUCAAGAUACAUCAAAGCAUCAGUAUCAUGUGAUGGAGGCCUUAGAGGAGGUAAGUAAUGUGUGCUUUUGAAAUAUAUCAUUACUGGAAUCAUUACCCAAAAAAUAGAAACUUUAACUUCCUCCUGUGGAAUUAUCAAAUAUCAUGUCUAUAUGUAAGAGUUUUAAGCACUAGAAAGGGCAUGUUUCUCCUAGUUAAUAAACGUAUCAUUGCCUACAGAAACACUCAGGUGAGGAAGGCCAGAGUCAAACAGCAGAACCAGAAAAUCGGAGGCUAGAGGUUGGAGUCAGGAUUCGCGGUCUAGAGGUCAGCAGCCGAGAGCUAGCAGAUCGGACUUGUAGCCCUCCUCGGGGCCAUGUUCUCAGUAGAGGUGAUGGAAGAGGACCUGAUGCUCCCUGGGGAGGGAUUCCCAAGCCAGAAGGAAGAAGGUAAGUUCUUGAAACUCACACAAAACUUAUUUUAUAUGUUCCAUUUCCAAGUGCUGUGCUCCAAUUACUCAUAGAAGGUUUUAGAAAACUACAUUAGCUCUUUCUCUGACAUAUCAUUGAUUUACAAAUGUUCUUAGUUUAAUGUUGUGAUUACUUUCUGUCAAACUGUAAUGCUUUUUUUUUUUUAAAAACUAACAACUGGAAUUAGGUCGGGACCCAGAAAUCAAACAGGCUGUGUUUUAAAGGAUCACUCUAGGCACCCAGACCACUUCAGCUUAAUGAAGUGGUCUGGAUGCCAGGUCCCUCUAGCAUUCACCCUUAUUUUUUAUAAGCAUAGCACUUUCAGAGAAACUGCUAUGUUUAUAAUAGGGUUAAUCCAGCCUCCAAAUCCUCUAGUGGCUGUCUCAUUGACAGCCGCUAGAGGCGUUUGCAUGCUUCUCACUGUGAAAAUCACAGUGAGAAGACGCCAGCGUCAAUAGGAAAAUGCUUUCCUAUGAGACUGGCUGAAUGCACGCGCAGCUCCUGCCGCGCAUGCGCAUUCAGCCGAAGAGGAGGAUCGGAGGCGGAGAGGAGGAGGAGAGCUCCCCACCCGGCGCUGGAAAAAAGGUAAGAUUUAACCCUUUCCUCUCCCCAGAGCCCGGCGGGAGGGGGACCCUGAGGGUGGGGGCACCCUCAGGGCACUAUAGUGCCAGGAAAACGAGUAUGUUUUCCUGGCACUAUAGUGGUCCUUUAAGCAGAACUCUGUGAAAGAAUUCAGUCUCUUCUGAAGUACUUUUGAAAAGCCAAUGCAGUGACUGAAUGUACAGGAAGUAUGAUCACAUUUUGACAACUGCAAAUUGUACUACAGUGUAUUUACACUGACUUACUUUGCCUUUAACAUGGUAUUUGUAUUUUUAUUAUGUUUUAGUUCUGUACAUUGUGUCUUUUGGACUCUGGGUUUUAUUUAUGUAAGUCUAUUACUAUAUGAUGGUAUCGUCAGACUAUUGUCAAUUAAUGUUUCCAUUAGGUCUCCCCAACGCUUACUUCUAGACCUCCUUUGCUCGGAGCGAAGCUACGUGCAAUGUCUACGACGCUCUUUGGAGGCCAGAAGGUCUUGUCCAGCUAGCCUGGCGCUCAGAGGAAGUUUGGAGCAACUCCUUAACUUCCACACUUAUUUUCUGAGAGAACUCCAGAACUGUGUAUCACAGCCGCUGACUGUCUCAUACUGCUUCCUUCAACAUGUGAGAUAACCCCGUUUAAUUUCCUAAUUCUAUGUUUGCAGCUUUACCUUAAUGUGAUGUCAAGGGGAAGUCACUCUAAAGAUUAUCAUAACAAUUGUGCAUUUGCUAAGUGUGGCCUAAAAAUCAAAAUAAAACAGCUGAACUAGUUUGUAAAUUUUUUUAUUAGAAAACAAACAAACAUCAACAUAUAUAUGAGGUUUGCUGUUUUUUGUUUUUUAGGCAGAGCAGUUGCGUUUAUAUUCUCUGUAUGUGAAAAACAGACAGAAGGUGGAGCUCUUCCUUCCAGCACCCAGCGGAAGCCUUAAGGUGAGAGAAGACUAAAUGAUAUGAUUGGUUAGUUAUGUGGGACAAUGAUUCAGUAUCACUGAAUUCUAACCAUCACGUGCAUUCAGUACAGUACUAGAGUUAAUAUAAUCCCCCCCAAAAAUCUGUAAAUUUCAGUGCUUUGCAAAUAAAAACGAACAGAAUACUUAAUAUUAACAUUUUGAGCAUGAUCAUAUAAAUCAAAUAUAAAUUAGUGGUGGCACCAUAUAGGUACCAGUAAAAUGUAGCCUCGCUUUUACACGCUAAAGUAACAUACACAAUGCUUAGUUUUUUUUAAUGUUAUGGAUUUUAUGCAUAAUUGCAACAUUUAUAUUUAAUAUUUCAGAUAUAUUGUUAGCAUUUAAAUGCAAAAAUUACAUGUUUGUGCUCAGUAGACGUCUGACUAAUUUGGUUAACAUGAUAAAUUAUAUUCAGUUCAUACUAUGUAGUUCACCACUGCACAAUAAACUGUUGAUUAUUAAAUACUAAAAAUCUAAAAUUUGAAAAAAUUACUUCUACUUUAACCAUUACUAAUGUAUACUUUUUUAGAAAGGAAAACUGUAAUGAAGAAAUAAUUGCCAAACUCAAAAUACAGAAAAAACUAAUUGACACUUAAAUAAAAAAGGAAAUCUCAUAUAUACUAUAUCAGUCUCCAGUACUAUUAAAUUACUAAUGCCAGUUUAGCUAGAAAUGUAUCCAUCUCCUGUUUUUUAUUUAUUUUUUGAUUGAUUAUUUGUGCUGCUUAUCAAAUGCCAUACUAUAAAAGAUUGCUAAAUCAGCACAAUACUCCUUCCCCCAACAGAAAACAGAGAAAGUGAUUGAUUUAUGAAAUUAUGAGACCUAACCGCCUGGAAUAAAUGUGCUAGGCAAGUCAUUUUUACAUCUGUUUGAGAGAACAGAAUGCUAUUUUAAACACGGUAAUUCCAUUAAUAUGCUCAAAUUAGAGGUUCAGAACCUCAUGGACUGAUGGAAGUUUCAUCUAAUAUAUGUGACUGCAAGUUAACUACUGAUCAAGUUUAAUAUAUUUUACACUGUGCAGAAGAUUGAUGGCUCACUACUUGUAGAUCACAUCUGGAUCAUAUACAAUCAGUAAGUAAAAAGCAACAACUGAUCAAGAGCAGGUUCAACAAAUUCAGAACAUAAAAACUUGUAUUAUCAAGGUUUUACCAAUCAAAAAAGGCUGUCUGACAUUUGCUGAAUUUAUUGUCAAUCAGGUAUUUAAAUGCUAUGUGUUGGUGAUUGUAAAUAGUUUAUAUGUUCUAGUCCAGUAUUUAUUCCUGCCAUUAGGAGCAGGAGCCCUUCUAGAAUUGCAACAGCUUUGAUGCUUUGCCAGCCAUAUUGUUAUCUUGGCACCUCUACUUUCUUUAUUUACAUUAACUUAUUUGGACAGGGCAGGAGGAGGGACCAAAAGGAAGAGGAGGAAACAUGGGCGAUUCUACAAAGACCACUGGAGCAACUUGAGCAGUAUCAACGGUUUCUGGGUGAUAUGAUGCAAGAGUGUGAUCAGGAGGACGAGCACGAACAACAGUCUCUGCACACAGCUCGGGAGCUGGUGGGGUCCCUUGUGCACCAUGGGAAGAAUUUGUUGGCUGCUGAAGCCAUCCGCGGGUUUGAGGUGAGUGUUAAAGAAAGCAUAAUUCUCCAGCUAGGCUUUUCACCAUGGACAGGAGAGAAUUGAAAAUGUGUAUUGAAUGUACUGCUGAUAAUGCCAAUGAGUUUUACUGUGUUUGGUACUGUCCUAAAAUUAAAGAAAUCAAGAUAUAUUUAUGUAACCAUGCAAUGCUUACUACCAGCCACUACAAAAUUCAUUUUAAAAGGGCUAAUAUCCACUCAAAACAUUUAUUUUAAACUAUUUCUUGCUCUCUAUGGAAUGGCUUCAUAUACUCCAUAAUAAAGAGCUAAUGACCAAAACAUUUCUUACUAACUUGGAAACAUUCCACCCCCAUUUAGAUCAGAUUAAAAUGUAGAAUAUACUGCCUGGCACCCUAUGCAACCCCCUGCCCUCACCUCCACAUCCCUGGUACUAAAUUACCUUCAUCGUAAUAGCUCCUACUGCCUUAACCCCUAAAGGACACAUGACAUGUGUGACAUGUCAUAAUUCCCUUUUAUUCCAGAAGUUUGGUCCUUAAGGGGUUAAAGGUCACCUGUCCAAAGCUACUGUAGCACUUUUUAAGGUGCAUGAAAUUUCAUCACUACAUUGUGCAACAGUUUUGCUAACAAAUGUAUAGAUUGGGAGAAAUUAAAUUAAAAUUGUUUGUAACCCACCUGUCAAUCAAUUAUUUGGCAUAGACCGUCUGCUGAGGAAUUCAUUAAUAAAGGAGAGCAGAAGAGACCUCCCACAUGCGGUCUUUCUGCUCUCCAACCAUAGCAACCACAGGGCUGCUAGAACUGGCUAUGAGGCAUUGGAAUGGAAAGCCAACGUCUUUGCAUCAUUGAGGAGGUAUGUCCUGCAUGGGGAAGUGUCCUCAAGCAGAGCAAGUAAGUGAAUAUAGCAGGAAGAGGAAGGGAGGACCAGAGAUGGGUGUUACAGAAGUGUAACACUCACCUCUCUAAUGAGAUCGCUGCAUGGGAGCAGAGGCUGAGGUAAAUGGUGUUAGGCUUCAUUUAAUACUCCACUAAAACACUCCCAUAGAGGGACUUGACUUGGUUGUUUAUGCUUAUUUGUAUCUUGUUCUAUAUAUUAUAUUGUUUUAUGAUGGAAAAUCACUAAAACUCUGAAAUGUGUCCACUUUUUACAAUGUUUAUUUUUAUUAUACAAUGUUACUUUAUACUUCUAAAAGAGAACGUGAUGCUUUACUCUAUCCUUCUGACAAGUAUCAUUCUCACUAUACACUGUACAACUGCCUACUUAUUGUACUUUAUGCUCUGCACACUGUUUCUGCCACAUUCUCAAUAAAAAAUGUCAUAACAAAAGAAAGAACAUUUGAUUCACUUGCAGUCUUUCAAAUGGUAUUAUAUCAAUUUAUAAUGAAAUUGUAGAAAUGUUUCCAGUGUUUUAAUGACAGUAUGGUAUAUUAGAGGUCCUUGUGCAGAAGUGUAGGGAUUAUGAUUUUGGUUGUUUAGAGUUAGAGGGUACUUAGCUUCAAGGUGCUGAUGACUGUAAUUCCCAUGAUUUUCAUCCAAACUAAGUUUAGUGACAUUUUGAAUUGCACUGUGACGAUGUUGCUGAGCAUCCUUCCAGCGUUGGUAAAACAAUGACGAUGAUUUAAAAUGCACACUUUUAAAUACAUACCAGCAUAUUUUGUUUGAAACUAGAGCCUACAGUAACAUUCUUUACACUUGACAUGUUAAAAUACUUAUUAUGAAGUGACAUAAAACAAAAAAUACAGAAAGAGAGAAGCGUUAAUAAAGGGAGAAUAUAAUAUGUAUUCAUUGCAAAUCUGAAAUCAUAUGCAAUGCUAUGUAGGAGUGAACAUGGUGGACCAAUAGAUUGGACAUCCCUUGUUUUUGUAUAGGGUGAAGGUUUGUUUUAAAAAAAAAAAAAAAUUUGACUCUUAAGCUUUGUAGGUAUUCAGACAGGGACUUGGCAUCCCCUGGUUCAUGAUUUUUGUGCUUGGGUGCUGGGCGAGCCCCUGACACACCACUCUGAUUACCCCUUUUCCAUCAUAGGCAAACAAGUAGGGACCAUUUGCUUGGUGCCUUCUCAAAAUGUCUUUCCCACCAGUCCCACAUAAACAUGGUAGAGCCUCCCUAGUUAAUAUCGGGCUCCUGGGGACAGCAAAACUUAUUAUUCAUAUUUAAUUCCCCCCAACCUAUGCAUCAAGUCACUGGUACACUAUGAAACAUGACUGAUGAUUGCUUAGAGAAACCUUAUAGAAUGUUGCCCAUUUGUGGACAUCUUUUGGCCUGAAAAUCCAUAAACACAUAUGUAAUUUGUGAUGGAGUGCUUGGGGUGCUGCUUAGUUGCAUAAGCUAGUAAAUAGAAUUUUGCUGCAAACAUGUAAAUCUUAUCGAAAAGGCGGCUGCAAAAACUAGGUAAGUCGAAUCUUAUGUAUAAGUGUGUAAUAAACUGACACAGAGACAGAGAGAAAAAAAAAACACAUUACAUGCAUAAAAGACACCUUGACAUUCUACAAAUACAUUGGAACCUUAGAACUCGAACUUAAUUUGUACAAGAAGGCUGUUUGAGAACCGAUUUGUUCGAAAACCGAAUCAAAAUUUCCCAUAAGAAUUAAUGUAAAUUAGAUUAAUCCGUUCCAGACCCCCAAUGUUACAGCAUUUUAACACAACGUUUACAGUUUAAUAAUACCUUACAUGCAUAAAAUCAUACAGAAAAACAACACAAUGUAAAUUAAAUGAAAAUGUAACUUCACUUUAACUGUCAGCUCUAUUUGCUGACAGAAUGGAGCUGUUCACUAACAGAAUAGAGCUAUGUUCGCUUUGUCUAGUGCUAGGAGGCCAUUAGUGUCAUACCAACGAGGUUAAUGCCGUGUUGAGACAUUCCUUUCUCAAAUUUUAUGUUUGACAACAGAAUUGUUCGGGUAAGGGAGCAUUGCACUUCCGAGGUUCCACUGUAUAAAAAUAUGGAACUCAGUGUCAAACUGAUUAAAGUGGUUUAUAACCAAACCUGAAACGUAAGAUUGACAUUGAUUAACAACAAUAUAUCUCACCAAGAAAGCUUUAGUCAAUUCAUAGACACACAUAGACCAUGUUUCAGAUGGAGCCCCUGAGCAUGGUACUGAGUAAAAAGUGAACUACAUUUUUUUCAUGUGAGAAAUUCACAAUAAUUUCAUGAGAUGAGUGCAUAAUUUAGCUACCAUCAUACCAUUAUAAUCACAGUGUCCUUUUCUUCAUUUUACACUCCAGGUGCUUUAACUUAACCCUAGUUGGCUCCCGGUGUUGUCCAUAUCCAAGAACCCAAGCAUAACUUUCUUGCUCUUAUUGGCCAAGUAAUGUAAUGUGUUAUAUAGAUAAUGCAUUAAAAAGUAUGCAUAAAUGCUCCUGUUAGUUUAUAUACAGACUUGUCCACAGGUUUGUGCAGCAAUGUCCAGGGGAAAGGAAAUAGGGUUAUCCAAGUUGUGUGUAUGACAAAUACUUAUUAUAUAUUCUCAACUUGGAUGGAUCACAUAUAGUGAAAGCAAAAUUUUAAAUUUUGACUUUUGAGGGCCAAAAAUAUGCAUUGUGUGUUUAACCUGCUCCACUGUGGUACUCUGCAGAUGUGAACAAAAUAGUAAAAAAACAAAAAGUUAGCAUUUAGUAAUUCUAAAAAAAACCCAGAGUGAGGAAGACAGAAUGCUUUAUAAGAUUAGACAGAGGCUAAGCAACUUAUAAGAGCUUCCAAAUCACACACAGAAGAGAAAAUAGCACAGUCAGUAAAAAAGGGGGACAAAACAUUUUUUAGAUACAUAAAUGAGAAAAGAAAAGUAAAACAAGUAUUAGUUAGAUUAAAAACAAAAGAAGGAAGGUAUGUAGAUGAGGAUAAAGGUCUAGCUGACUGUCUCAAUGAAUAUUUUUGUUCGAUAUUUACAGAUGAAAAUGAAGGAAAGGGACCUCAGUUAGGAAAAGGGACAAAUAAGUCAUUUAUUACAUGUGAGUUUACAGAGGAUGAGGUUCUAUUUCAACUGUCAAAAGUAAAGACAAAUAAGUCAGUGGGGCCUGAUGGAAUACACCCAAAGUUAUUAAAAGAGCUUAGUGGUGUACUAGCAAAACCAUUAACAGAUUUAUUGAACCAAUCAUUGUUAACAGGAGUAGUCCCAGAAGAUUGGAAGUUAGCGAAUGUUGUGCCCAUUCACAAGAAAGGUAGUAGGGAGGAGUCGGGCAACUAUAGGCCAGUAAGCCUUACUUCAGUAGUGGGGAAAGUAAUGGAAACCAUGUUAAAGGAUAGGAUUGUUGAACAUCUAAAAAUACAUGGAUUUCAAGAUCAGUGACAACAUGGGUUUACUUCAGGGAGAUCAUGCCAAACUAAUCUUAUUGAUUUUUUUGAUUGGGUAACUAAAAUUAUAGAUCAGGGUGGUGCAGUAGACAUUGCUUACCUAGAUUUCAGUAAGGCUUUUGACACUGUUGCACAUAGAAGGCUUAUCAAUAAACUGCAAUCUUUAAGUUUGGAUUCCAAUAUUGUUUAAUGGGUAAGGCAGUGGCUGAGUGACAGGCAACAGAGGGUUGUAGUCAAUGGAGUAUAUUCAAAGCUUGGGCUUGUCACCAGUGGGGUACCUCAGGGAUCUGUACUUGGACCCAUUCUCUUUAAUAUUUGUAUUAGUCAUAUUGCAGAAGGACUUGAUGGCAAGGUAUGUAUUUUUGCUGAUGAUACCAAGAUAUGUAACAGGGUUCAUGUUCCUGGAGGGAUAAGCCAAAUGGCAAAUGAUUUAGGUAAACUAGAAAAAUGGUCAGAGUUGUGGCAACUGACAUCUAAUGUGGAUAAGUGCAAGAUAAUGCAUCUUGGACGUAAAAACCCAAGGGCAGAGUAAGGAAUAUUUGAUAGAGUCCUAACCUCAACAUCUGAGGAAAGGGAUUUAGGGGUGAUUAUUUCUGAUGACUUAAAGGUAGGCAGACAACGUAAUAGAGCAGCAGGAAAUACUAGCAGAAUGCUUGGUUGUAUAGGGAGAGGUAUUAGCAAUAGAAAGAGGGAAGUUCUACAAAAAUGGAGAGAAAGGAAGCAGAGAUAGUGUAUCAGGUUGCUAAAUUAUAAUGGGGGGUAACCCCUACACUUAAAUUACUAAUAAGAAAAUAAAACACUUACAAGAAUUCCAAAAGGUAAAUGAAUGUCUAACAGCAUUCACUUUAAGGAUCUUGUAUAUUAUCAGCAACCCUAAUUAAUCAUCUCAGAAAAAUUGUAAAAUAUAUCUUUUAAUAAAUAAAGUUAAAAUAACUGUAAGAGUAAACUAAUAUUUAAAAACAUAAGAGGUACAACAACAAGAGAAAGUGAUAGCUUGACCGUGCUGCCUAUAUCAAUUUGCAACACCAGUGGUACAAGGGUAUAGGUGGUAUAAGUGUAGAGAAAAUAAUGUAAAUAUGAAUAUAAAGAAGGGGUAUAGUAAUGAUUCUCAGAAGAGUAUCCCCCAACUCCCAUCACCCUUGCCCACACUGUCAGCACACUCUCAUUCCCCUCUAUAAUUCAACAGGAGCCGAUCAAUCUUCCCGGCUACCUAAAUAAUAAAGCUGGGUGGCUAACAUGGAAGAAAAUAAAUCUAAAGGCUGCAGCUAGGUCCCCUGUCCACCUCUUCCACCCUUAUGCUAUCAAAAGUCCCGACGCGCAUUUCGCCGACUAGCGGCUCUUCCAAGAGAAUCGAAUCAAAGCUGAUCGUUUUUUAAAAUAUCCCGCCCUUCAUCCUGAUUGGUUCACAUUUUCACCAACAUAAUUGAGGGAAAUAGAGAGGGGAAUUAACCCAUUGUGUUCGGGUAUACAAAAAGCAAAAUAAUAGGAUAAAAAAUGUCAUUAGUAUUAAAUGUACUGCAAUGUUAAGAAAUAAAGAAAAAACUUAUUUAUAAUAAAGAAAAAACUUUAGGCAAACGGUGAAAUGAUAUGCUAAUAAACGCUCAUACACUAACUAUGAAUUUAAUGAGUACAUUAAAGUCUCAUGUCCUAGUGACUGUCUAAGUCUGUUAGGAAACUCCUAAGUGAAUACUUAAAGAAUUAUAAAUGUAACUCUGAGGUUGUUACAAUUAUUGUCUCAUUUUAUCUCAAUGUAACUAAUUACAGUUAUAGAGGAAUAGGUUUUGAGUCCAUUGAAAUAGACCUGCCCAAUUGGUUAUAAUGUGACUAGUUAUAGAUGGGGGUUAGAUCUGUAGAGGAAUAAGCUUUGUAAUAAAAACAUCUAUAUAGAAACCAGCACAGGUCAUAACUUUUAUGGUUGAGAUAGAGAUACAAAGUCCCAUUAUCAACCAUGAUCGCUGGAUAUAUCAUGGCGAAAGGAAAUGCACAAACUGUAAUUACAGUGAUUCAUAUAAAAGUGCAUAGUUGCCAUUAUUACCUAUAUCUAGAAGACGUGUCUUAACAGAAGAAACCACAUAAAUGUCACUUUCUGAAAAAAGCAACUCGAGGUACAGAAUCUCGUUGUUAGUCAUAACCCUUGAGUGUCUCUUAACCUUAUUAGUAUUGUUAUAUACAAUAAUUACCAAAUAUGUCCUGUAUAAAUUUAUAAAUAUGUGCAGUAUAUAAAAAUAGUGAUAUUAAAAUACACAAAUACAGUAGGUGAGUAAAAAUAUAUACAGAGUGUUUGAAGUAUAUACAGAUAGUAAUGUAUAAUACAAAUAUAUAUACAUGAGGCAAAUAUAGAUGUCCUAAUUAUGGGAGAAAGAAUUAACCAUAAUUUUUAAUGAUAAAAUCAAACAGAGAUUUCUAAUAUUUCUCCCAUUCAGACUCAAUAUAGUGGGAGUCAGUAUGCCCCAUGAUUUAUUCCAAAUCCCAUGGGGUGUAUGUAGACCUCAGACGUCGUCUAUGCUCCCUAUUUAGGAGUGAAUGAAUGGGGUGAAAUUGAAUUCUUCGUUCAGUCCAGUUCAGGAUAUAAUGUUUGAAAUAAAUAAAUCCAACGGGACUCAGCUUUCAAUAAAGAUAUAUUAAUAUCGCCUUUCCGAUGGUUAAGAAAUAUUUUUUGUAUCACCUGGAAUUUAAGUACAUUGGGUUUAGAAGCAUGAUUCACUCGUACGUGUUUUGCAACUGGGGUCUCAACAUGAGAAUUAGUGAUGGAGUUAAUGUGUUGCAAAACCCGUCUGCGUAGUUGUUGAUAAGUUUUGCCAAUGUACUGUAACCCGCAUUCACAGGUUAUGAUAUAUAUGAUGUUGAACCAAUCAGGAUGGAGGGCGGGAUAUUUAAAAAACCGAUCAGCUUUGAUUCGGUUCCCUUGGAAGAGCCACUAGUCGGCGAAACGCUCGUCGCGACUUUUGAUAGCAUAAGGGUGGAGGAGGUGGACAGGGGACCUAGCUGCAGCCUUUAGAUUUAUUUUCUUCCGUGUUAGCCACCCAGCUUUAUUAUUUUACUAUGCUCAGUCAGGUAGCCGGGUAGAUUGAUCGGCUCCUGUUGAAUUAUAGAGGGGAAUGAGAGUGUGCUGACAGUGUGGGUAAGGGAGAUGGGAGCUGGGGGAUACUCUUCUGAGAAUCAUUACUAUACCCCUUCUUUAUAGUCAUAUUUACAUUUAUUAAUCGUAUUUCCUCUACACUUAUACCCCCUAUACCCUUGUACCACUGGUGUUGCAAAUUGAUAUAGGCAGCACGGUCAAGCUAUCACUUUCUCUUGUUGUUGUACCUCUUAAGUUUUUAAAUAUUAGUUUACUCUUACAGUUAUUUUAACUUUAUUUAUUAAAAGUUAUAUUUUACAAUUUUUCAGAGAUGAUUGAUUAGGGUUGCUGAUAAUAUAGAAGAUCCUUAAAGUAAAUGCUGUUAGACAUUCUUUUACCUUUUGGAAUUCUUGUAUGUGUUUUCUUUUCUUAUUAGUAGAAAGAGGGAAGUGCUCAUGCCAUUGUACAGAACACUGGUGAGACCUCACUUGGAGUAUUGUACACAGUACUGGAGACCGUAUCUUCAGAAGGAUAUUGAUACCUUAGAGAGGGUUCAGAGAAGGGCUACUAAACUGGUUCAUGGAUUGCGGGAUAAAACUUACCAGGAAAGGUUAAAGGAUCUUAACAUGUAUAGCUUGGAGGAAAGACGAGACGGGGGGAUAUGAUAGAAACAUUUAAAUACAUAAAGGGAAUCAACACAGUAAAGGAGGAGACAUAUUUAAAAGAAGAAAAACUACCACAACAAGAGGACAUAGUCUUAAAUUAGAGGGCAAAGGUUUAACAAUAAUGUCAGGAAGUAUUACUUUACUGAGAGGGUAGUGGAUGCAUGGAAUAGCCUUCUAGCUGAAGUGGUAGAGGUUAACACAGUAAAGGAGUUUAAGCAUGCGUGGGAUGGGCAUAAGGCUAUCCUAACUAUAAGAUAAGGCCAGGGACUAAUGAAAGUAUUUAGAAAAUUGGGCAGACUAGAUCGGCCGAAUGGUUCUUAUCUGCCAUCACAUUCUAUGUUUCUAUGUAAACAUUGCCAUUUCUACAAAACUGCAGUGUUUUACACUGCAGGGUUAAAAGUACAGAACCAUUGCAUCCUGACAAUUUAAUUUAGAUGGUGUGGUCUGAAUGAAUUUAGUGGUCCUUUAACUUAACCACUCCUAGGAUUUCUACGUGUCAGUCCAUGUUUUACAGCAAUGCAAAAACACACAAAAAAUAAAUCCAAUUUUGUGAGGAUAGCAUGAAAAUGUUGAAUACUAUGAAUCAAUAUGGAAAACAAAGUCUGGCCUACAAUCUGGACAAUACGGUAUUUAAGAGGUGUUUAAUUAGUCCCUAAGAGGCUUAUGAAGAAACUAUUUAACAGGCAAAACAUGUUUGUUGUGAGAAGUAUUGCUGAGGUCAACUAGAUUUAUUGCUAUGAAUAUUUACAGUAUCGUGCUGCUUCUAAGGCAGAGUAGCUUUACAGAAACAGUCAACAGAAAAUAUUUCCGAAGAGAAAUCGGAAUAAGCUUUUUUUACUCAUUUAUUAAUAAAUAGUUCUAAUAUUUCCAGCAUAGUACAUUUCAGAAAGAAAUGCUAUAUACUAUCUGGAUCUGCCAACUUUCUCUGGCUCAUAGAGGACAUGAGAGAUUGUAUGCCCUAAUAUUGCAGCACAUGAUUUCUUUAUUGUUCUAAAGUCUCUUAUGUUUAAUGUUCUGUUAGAGAUAGUAAGGCUCUGUGACUUUACCAUUUUGUGCACCAUCAAUGUUCUGUAAGAGACAAGGCUGACCUAGGUUAUAACUUUACAAAAUGUGAUUGGGGGGAAGGGGUGAGAGACAACUUUUAUAUUCAUUAAAGUUUAUGAAAUUGUCUGGUUGAAUUAUUUGUAAAAAUUUGCCAUUUUGUAACAGCUUAAAUGGAAACUAUAGUGCUAGGAAAACAAACUUCUUUAUUUAACAAACUUAUUUAUUAAACAUAUUGAACUAUAAUGCCCCUCUGCCCUGGUUUAGGCUUCUCCUAUGCUGACAUCAACUGGCAGGGAGGACGUAAAGCGCAUGUGCAGUGAGCACUGAGUUCGCAUUAGGACUAUUCCUUAGGAUUAGCACCCCAUAAAAUUAAUGUAUUCUCACUGCCAAAUUGUGCUAAGAUAACCAGUCAAAAUAAUCAACAUUGCACAUUAAUGUCAAAGGGUGAGAGUUAUCACAGUGCUCUGUUCUAAAAAGUGGAACAGAAAUAUAAAAGUGUAAGAUUCACCAAUGCAAUGUGUCUUCUGGUUCCACUGGUUUCCGUGGUGAUUGCAACACAUGUAGUGCUUUAGAAAAAAUUUUUUAAGAACAGAACACUUUUAUACAUCUCCCCUAAUGUUCCUUUUGCUAAUCAAUUCUACAAAGCUCCUCUUUGGCUCCCUAUUUAUGCUUUACAAAAAUCGGAUUCCUCAUACAUCCCUACACUCGUAUUUUAUAUUAAUAAACUCUUCUCAUUACAUUUCCAUAUCUUCUUAUCCAGUUUACAAGACUGUUCCUGAACUGCCCCCAUACUCAAUAGUAUGUGAUCUUUCUUAACAUCUUCACAUCUCUACAACACUCACUCAGUAUUGAUCAACACAAUAAACCCCAUCUCUCAAGAAUGAAAAAAAAUGCAUUUGAUUACCUGUAUAUUAAGUCUAUUAGUUGUUGUUUUUCAUUUUGUUGUUCUUAGGUUGAUGAGAAAGAGCAUGGUCGGCUUCUGCUCAAAGACGUGUUCACUGUAUUGUCGGGAAGAAAGAAGUCUCUCCGGCACGUCUUCCUCUUCCAGAAGCUUCUGCUUCUCAGCAAACUCAAGACCGCAGAAGGAGGUCUGGAAACCUAUGGCUUUAAGCAGGUGUUUAAGGUAAGGAGGCAGGUCACCUAUAUGGCUGAAUAACUUAUGCCAAUGCUGAUGCCAAGACUUUGUUUGUUUUGCAGUAACUCGAGCUAACCUACCUAGUAUGAAAGAAACAUAAAAUAAUUCUAUUUUAAAUAUUAAAUGUUGUCAACUUGAAAUGAAUUCAUUGGGUAACCUACCAUCUGUAGCUUUUUUCUUCUUACAUGUAUCACCAGUCUUAGCAAAAGGGAAUCGCUGAUUGCUAGUGUGCACAUUAUUUUACUUAUGUGGAAUAAUUUAUUUUUUAACACUAUACAAAAACAUGGCUUAUGUAUAAAAAAUAACUAAACGUCUCAGCAUUAGCAGAGGAGACAGGGAAUGUAGGGGGACCCCAAAGUGAACAGAAUGUGGUUACAGUUGCUGCCACCCUGUGCUAAACUGAACACACUGGUCAGCUGAGGUCAGCAUAUUAGUGCCUAACCACAAAAUAUGCAAACAAUGCAAUGGAGAUAGGCAAGAGGCGAUUUGAAACAUCAUAUCAUGGCAUUCGCUAGGUUAGUAAAACCUCUUUGCGGGUAAUAAAUGGUGAUGUAAGUAGCGGAAGCACAAUCAUAUGACACCAAAACACUGCUUAUGCAGAAAAAUAAAGAUUAUAUUUAAACAUAACUAAACAUGUCAGCUUGAGCAGAGGAGACAUGGAAUGUAGAUGGAUAAAAGAGCAAAGUCCCGUAACACGUAGUAGUAGUAGAUACUGUGGUUCUAUGAGAUGCCGAAUAUUUUGGGCACUCCAGGGGGACAAUCCUCACCAUGUCCUAUUGGGUUAGUUGGCUGUAGACCAGGCUUUCCCAAACUCCGGCCCUCCAGAUGUUGCUGAACUACAACUCACAUGCUUCUCUGAAUGAAAUAUAUAGGCUGAGAAUCAUAGGAGUUGUGGUUCAGCAACAUCUGGAGGGCCAGAGUUUGGGGAAGCCUGCUUUAGACCCAGUACACUGAAGAAUUCCUUGGGGUCAUCAGGAGAGGAAAGGUAACAAUGGUUGCUGGCAUGAGUCACACUAAAGUCUCUGCAAGGUCCCCAUUUAUAGAGUACACCUCUAUCUCGGAGCACAGAGGUAACAGGAGAGUAGCAUUUGUGCCAUCGUUGGGUUUGAUAAGGCAGGUCCCUGUAGAUCAUAAGCUUAAGAUUGUUGAUUAUUAUUCAAGUCUUUUGCAAGGUCGCCAUUUUGUGUGAAUCAUUGGUGUAUUGGGCUACCAUAUCACAAGGAGAGUCAGCUGUGGCUGUGAUGGUCCUGUGUAUUCUGCAUGCCCAGUAUACAGCUGGAGAUACCAUCACCUGGGGUACAGCCAGAGAAUCCAGUUGGCCCUGAACAAACUGCAGCAGAUCACUUGGCGUGUACUCUCCAGUGUACCUCACACAUCCUUAUUUCUCUGCUGGAGAAGCAGAGAUUUCACGGAUAACUUGAUUAUCUCCAUUCCUUUUUUUUUGCAUGGGUGAAGGUGUUGAAGCUAGCUUGUGCAUAGGUGAGGCAGACUCAAUGGUAUCUUCUUUGGGAUAGAUCCACUUGACUCUGACUUGACUCAGUCCUAAUGCCAAACACUAGUCCUCUCUGAUCCUAAUAAUACAUCUAAGUCAUGCUGAGGGGAAAGGGAACAGUAAGACAAUGAUAAUAACAAGGCAACUCAGCUCACGGUAUUUGCUGAGCUGAGUACGUACUCAGAGCAUGUCUAAUAAAGAAUUUGCUUUGUGAAAAGAGGAGUGUGUCCAAAGAGUGACAUUAGACUGCAGGAUAUGCAGAAUAAAUAACGAUUCUGGCACUCCAGGAUAGAAAAAAAAUAGCAGCUUUAUUGCUGCAAAAACAGCAACACUUCGACCAUCAUAGCUUGCUAAAGACCCUUUAGGGUCGAAAUGUUGCUGUUUUUGCACCAAUAAGGCUACUAUUUUUUUGUUAUCCCAGAGUGCCCGAACCAUUAUUUAUUCUGCAUAUUUUGGAAGGGAGGCCUGGCCAGCCCUGGCUUCAGAGCACCUGGGUUACUUGGUGAGUGCAUUAUCCAGUACGUCUCUACUAUUAGACUGCAGGAAGCUGCUGAUCUUUCUUUUUUAGCAAGACUAUUAAUGCAUUUCAGUUAUGUUGGAGCCUGGUUUAUAUAGAGUCCUUUUUAAUGUAGAUUUGAGGUACAUCCACUUUUAUAACUUACCUAUGUAAUGUGAUUCACUUAUAGACUGCCGACAUGGGUCUCACUGAAAGUGCUGUGGAGGGAGACACAAGAAUUGAACUAUGGUUCCGUCGUCCAAAAUCCAGAGAGACAUUAGUCUUACAAGCUGAAAACUCUGGUGUAAAAGAGUGCUGGACUAAUGAAAUUACCAAACUGCUAUGGGACCAAGGAGGACUAAGCAAAGGUGAGCACUGUCUGUCUUACAGGCUGUCUUAGCUGUUGCUCGGAACAUGUUUAUCAAAUAAUGUAUCACACUGUGCUAAAGAGCAAGUAAGAAAUAGUUCUUGCCUAAACUGUGUGUACCAUCCCUGGAUUUAAAGCUUGUUUACACUUUCAAUUCUGUAAUUCACAUGCAUGUUUUCCUGCUUCAUCAUUGUAAUUGUAAUAUUGUUCUUAUCACUUUUUAAUUAUAAACUAUCCAAAGUACUAUUAUUAGGGGGUUUAGUGAAUAUAUACACAAGAGGAAUACAACAGCAGUAGAUAUAAUAAAAGCUCCUGCUCACAAGAGCAAUUUAGUAGCUCGUUAACAUUGCCUGGAAGGUGUUCCUAAGAAGAUCGUGCAAGGAAUCCACAGUAUAUAGUUAUGUGUGACAGGGUAAUUUUGGAUAUUAUGAACUGAAAUAGACCAAUUGUUUUAGCUGCAUCAUACUAAUGCAUAAUGUUCAUCUAAUUUAAUUUGUGACUACUUAUCUUAGCACAUACACCAGCAGUUAGUGGAGGGUGAUGCUGACAGCCUAGAGGAACAGAUAUUGGAGGAGGGGUUGGCUUUUGCAGUCAAACUUAUGAAAGCAGGCUAAAAUCCUGGACCGGAUUGCCUCCCCAUCAAAUAUUUUGCCCAAAUAGUAUACACCCACCUUUUAAAGGCUUUUAAUUCUAUUGGGAGGAAGAGGGCAAAUUAAUUAUUCAAAACAGGUGGUGUUGAAUGUCAAUCUCUCGGUGGCGAGGGCUGAACUGGCCCGCCUGAGUUUCUCCUUUCAAUGGUCAACUACAGCCAUUAAAUAUAUGGGGGUGUGGAUUUCAACUGACCCAGAAGACCUCUAGCACUUGAAUUUUCCCUCUAUGUGGUCAGUAUUCCGUAUGGACCUAGCAAACUGGUCACCUGUCCUGGCUAGGAAGGGUGAGCGUGUUGAACAUGAACCUCCUUCCCAGACUCAUGUAUAUUUUUCAAACACUACCUACAGGGCCGGUGCAAGGAUUUUUUUUACUACACAGGCGAAGAUGCAUUUUGCCGCCCUCCCCCCCCAAAUGCAUCUUCACCUCUGUGUUUCAUAUCCCCCCUUUUUAAUGUCUUACCCCUUUGUGCAUUACAUCCCCCUUUAGUGUGUCUCUUACAACCCCUCUUAUGUAUUUCCUACUCCCCCAGCCCCUUUGUGUCUCUUUCUUACCCCCAGCCCCUAUCUCUCUUUCUCCCACAUAGACAUAGAUACAGGCAAAAAUACAUAUAUGCACAAAUACACAAACAUACAGAAACACAAACAUAGUUAUUCAGGCACACAUUCACAAAGAUAUACAGACACACAGUCAUAAAAGGCACACAAUCAAACAAACUCUACAAUCUACACGUACAGCGUACAUGUACACUGUCAUACAAACACAGACAUACAUUCACACACACAGGCACACAGAUAAAUACAGACAUAAAGAGACAGAGAUAGGCAUAUAGAGAUAUACAUAAACAGUGAUACAGAGACAUACAUAAGCAGACAGUCAUACAGAGACAUACAGACAAGGUAUACAGAGACAUAAUUACACAGUCUUUAUGUCUGUCUUUAUGUCUGUGUAUGUACACAGGGUGGCUAAAAGAUAGAUCCCCAUUUGCAACUUCAACAAUGCUUUGAAAGCUGGGGCUCUACCGAUUCCCCAUGCUUGCAGGAUUGUAUUUAGCACUGAGCAGUAUUUGUGUGUUUGAAUAUAAGCAUGUUUUUGUAUAGUGUAUGUUUGUGUGGAUGUAGGGAUGUGUUUGUAUGUAGUGUUUGCAUUUGAAUGCAAGCAUGCAUUUAUGUGUAGUGUUUUUGAAUGCAGGGCUGUGCUUAUAUAUAAUUUUGGUGUCUAAUACAGAAGUGUGUUUGUAUGUAGUGUUGACAUUUGAAUGCAGAGUUUUGUUUGUUUGUAGUGUUGAUGUUGUAGUGUUGAUGUUUGCAUGCAGGGGUGUGUUCGUAGUUUUGACGUUUGUAUGCAGGGGUGUAUUUGUGUGUAGUGUUGGCGUUUUGAAUGCUGAGAUGUAUGCACAUAUACACAUAUGCUGCCACACACACACUGUGAUGCCACACUUUAAAUUGUAUUAUCAGGCUUGCCACCUCUUGAAUGGGAAAAAGAGGGGGUGGAUGCCCAUUGAAAGAAGGUGGAGGGGUCCAGGUGGGCAAACAUUUAAAUGCCCUUUUAUGGUUGGAUAUAAUAGGCAGGCAUUUGGCCUCCAUCAGCCCUUUUAUAAGGGCAAAAUUAUCUGUCUGGCACAGCCACUGAGCCUAUCCUCUUUUCCUUCACUAUUAACACCAUUAGUAUUUAGCCCCUCCUUCUCCCUAUGUUUUCACAAGCAGUCCUCUAGGUUCAUCACAGUAGUGAUCUAAAGUUGAAUUGGCAAUUUGAAUUAAAUGUUGAAUGUUGUAUGGAUAUAUGUAUGUAAUGUUUGUUCUUUAAAACAUAUCUUAAAGGGACACUAUGAUCACCAGAACCACUACAGCUUAAUGAAGUGGUUCUGGUGUCUAAAGCAUGCCCCUAUAGCCUUAGUACUGUAAAUGCUGCUUUUGCCGAGAAAAGGCAGUGUUUACAUUGUUGCCUAGUAACUGAGUGACUACCACUAGAGGUGCAUCCUAGAUCAGUGCAGCACUUGUGUUCAGCAUCUCCAUCCUCUGCAUGAAGACGCUGAAGGCUCCCCUCAAUGUACCUUUCAACCUAUCCUCCCUGCCCCUGCCCUACCCUUUACUUCCUUUGAAGUUCAUACUUUCCAUCUAUUUAAACCCACUCCUCUAAGAAUUGGCAUCAUUUAUCCCCCUCCCCCCCCUUACUGGUCAUCCUAAACUAUUUAUUGAACAGUUCACUUCCUGGUUACCCUAUUUUCUCCCCUCUUGCACUCCUUCCCUCAUUCUUGGGGACUUUAAUAUCCCAAUCAACAUCCCUAACUGCCCUGAUACCUCUCGUCUGCUCUCUAUAAACUCCUCCGUUGGACUCACACAGUGAUCUAAUUCAUCAACUCAUAGAGCAGGAAACACUAUUGACCUCAUCUUCACCAAUCUUUGUACCACCUCUAAUCUCUCCAAUGUUCCAUAUCCUCUAUCUGAGCACCAUCUGCUGUCCAUUGACAUCCGCAUACCCCGUACACAAAGUACCUCACUCUCACCACAUCAGUCUUGCAGAAACCUCCAUUGUCUUGACCUACAGCAAUUUUCCACCAACCUCCAAAGUCUCCUUUCACCAAUCUCCAAUCUCACCUGCCAUAACACUGCAACCUCCCUUUACAACUCCACUCUCUACUCUCAACUAAAGAUCAUGGCACCUCCUACACUUAAACCCACUAAGCACCAAUUACAACCCUGGCACACCAAGCUGACUUGAUACCUCCAAAAGUCUAACUCUGCAUCUGACUUCCUCCACUUUAAAUUUAUACUGUGCUCCCACAGUCUGGCUCUUUCCUCUUCAAAAGAAAACUACUUCAAUAUAUUCAUAACCACACUCUCCCGCAAGCCCAAACGACUGUUUCGUGCUUUUAACUCUCUUCUUUGCCCUGUCGUGCCUCCUCCUCCUACUAACUUGACCCCCACAAACUUUGCAACUCACUUCACUGAGAAGAUUUCUACAGUCAGAGAAGAGAUCUCUCAUCUCUCUCCAUCCACUACAAACUUUUCCCCUAACCACAUUCCCUCAGCUAUCCUACGCUCAUUUGCACCUACUCAGCAGAAGAGGUUUCUGCUCUGCUCCGUUCCUACCGCCCCACCACCUGUUCCCUCGAUCUUAUUCCCUUGUAUCUCAUCUGCACUUUGUCUCCUUCUGUUGCUCUGCCUCUCACUAAGAUUUUCAAUCUCUCCCUCUCCUGUGGCACAUUUCCUCCACCCUUCAAACAUGCAACCGUAACCCCAAUUCUGAAAAAGCCCAACCUUUACAAUAAUUCCCCGUCCAACUACUGCCCUAUCUCGCUACUGCUGUUUGUCUCCAAGAUCCUUGAGCGUGUUGUGUAUGCAAGAUUGACAGACUUCCUCAAAUCCAAUUCUCUGCUUGACCCGCCUUAAUCUGGAUUCUGCACUCGGCACUCGGCAGUGACCAAAGUAUACAAUGAUCUUAUCACUGCUAAAUCCCAUGACCACUACUCUAUCCUAAUUCUCCUCAACCUUUCUACUGCUUUUCACACUGUUGAUCAUCAACAGCUUCUUCUCAUCCUCCGUAAUCUCGCUCUACAAGAUACCGCUCUCUCCUGGUGCUCUUCCUACCUCUCCCAGCGCUCAUUCAGUGUUUCUUUUUCUGGCUCUUCUCCCCAAUCCCUCUCUGUUGGUGUUCCCCACAGUUCACUUCCUGUGUUGAUUCCCUUUAUAUAUUUAAAUGUUUCUAUCAUAUCCCCCCUGUAUCGUCUUUCCUCCAAGCUAUACAUGUUAAAAUCCUUUAACAUUUCCUGGUAAGUUUUAUCCCGCAAUCCAUGAACCAGUUUAGUAGCCCUUCUCUGAACCCUCUCUAAGGUAUCAAUAUCCUUCUAAAGAUACGGUCUCCAGUACUGUGUACAAUACUCCAAGUGAGGUCUCACCAGUGUUCUGUACAAUGGCAUGAGCACUUCCCUCUUUCUACUGCUAAUACCUCUCCUAUACAACCAAGCAUUCUGCUAGCAUUUCCUGCUGCUCUAUUACAUUGUCUGCCUACCUUUAAGUCAUCAGAAAUAAUCACCCCUAAAUCCCUUUCCUCAUAUGUUGAGGUUAGGACUCUAUCAAAUAUUCUGUACUCUGCCCUUGGGUUUUUACGUCCAAGAUGCAUUAUCUUGCACUUAUCCACAUUAAAUGUCAGUUGCCACAAUUCUGACCAUUUUUCUAGUUUACCUAAAUCAUUUGUCAUUUGGCUUAUCCCUCCUGGAACAUCAACCCUGUUACAUAUCUUGGUAUCAUCAGCAAAAAGACAUACCUUGCCAUCAAGACCUUCUGCAAUAUCACUAAUAAAAAUAUUAAAGAGAAUUCCUCCCUUGAUAAACUCAUCAGCUCCUUCAGCUUCCAGUAUCAUUUCUAUGCAGAUGACACGCAAAAUUAUCUGUCCUCCCCAGAUUUCUCACCACCCUCUUUCUCUGCUACUUCCAACUUGAUGGCUGCUCAUUUCCUUAAACUGAAUCUGUCCAAAAAAGAACUUCUGGUCUUCCGUCCCUCAAGUGUUGCUACUCCCUUGUCUGUGUCCUUCCAAGUCAAUGGCGCUACCAUCCGCUCUACCUCUAAGGCUUGCUACUUAGGUGUUCUCUUUGACUCUGACCUCUCCUUCACCCCUCAUGUCUAAUCAAUCGCCAAAUCCUGCCACUUCCAUCUCAAAAACAUUCAACCCUAUUAAACACCUGAUACGGCAAAGGUGCUUGUCCAUGCUGCUGUCCUCUCUCACCUUGACUACUGUAAUCCGCUUCUCAGUGGUCUUACAUAUUUCCAACUUGCCUCCUUACGGUCUAUAAUGAAUGUGGCAGCGAGGCUCAUCUUCCUGUCUUCCCGCAAACCCCCUUUGUCAGUCCCUUCAUUGGCUUCCUGUAAGAUAUAGGGCUCAAUUUAAGAUCCUGACACUUGCUUACAAAUCUCUACACAAUCCUGCUUCCACCUACUUAUCCUCACUAAUACACAAAUAUGUUUUGUCUAGGCCCCUACGCUCUGCCGGAGAUCCACGUCUAACCUCUGUACGUACUCCUACCUCUCAUGCUUACCUUAAAGACUUCUCUAAGGCUGCACCGUUCCUAUGGAACGCACUUCCCUUCUCUGUUAGACUCUCACCCGGUCUCCACUCCUUCAAAAAAUCUUUGAAAACUUACUUCUUUAGGAAAGCAUAUUAAUUAAACUGUGAACAGUUUUCCCUCCCUGCAUCCUGAUUCCUCUCCUGAAACUGUCAUCAAAACAAAACACAAAGCCCUCAAUGAAUAUUAUCUUAGCAACCUACUUUUCUACCCUACCCAUAUCUUUUGUCACUAUACCCCACUCACUCUAGCAUGUAAGCUCAUUCUCUUAAUAUCUCUGUUCUUGUGUGUCAAACUUGUCUAGUUACAAAUACGUGUCUGUUAGUCCACCCAUUGUAUAGUGCUACGGAACUUGUUGGCGCUUUAUAAAUAAUAAUAACAGAGAUGCUUUGACUCAAUGCAUCUCUAUAAGGAGAUGCACGGCAAAAUGCUGUACUGCGCCAAUCAGGAAAGCAUUGGAUUGAUUGAGAUCAUCAAGAAUGACCAGACUGGUGCUGCGAUGAUGAAAAGGUAAGUAAGGCUACCUUUGAACUCCUUACUGAGGGGUGCCGGACAUCUAAAUAGGUAGUCCAGCACUAUAGUGUUAGGAAUACAUGUAGAGAACAUUUGAGGGAGGAUCUGUGAAUCUUAGAAAUGCUAAAGGCAUCUGGUAGAGAACUGUUUUUGGUGAUUGGAUUAAAUAUUGAUAGUAGAAAUAUGUAUCUAGUUUUAUCACAUCUCUAUUAUAAACAUACCUAAAUAGUAUAAACAAUGCCAUACUCUCUCCUUUGGCAAGAUGUGUGAAGCAAUAUCUGUAUGAUUCACUAAAGCUGGAUACACAAAGGGUUUUUCAAUUGUUGGCAUUGUCAUCAUAAGUGUAAGUUCUGGAGUUUCUUGUUAAGGGAAUGAAGCACUUUGGCAGGUUAUAAAUCAGGGUGAUGUCAUCAGACUCAUUCCUGCUAUUACAAGGGCAUAAAACUGCAGGUCCUGGCAUGUUAUGGGUUCUUCAUAAUAUACUUUCUGACUGAGGAACAACCAAGGAGCAGGAAUAAAAAAAUAAUCUUGGAGGGUAUAUCUUUUUUAGCCCUUAAAUGUAGAUGAAGAAAGUCUGCAGAAAAGAAUGAUAAUAGGGUAUUGAAAGCCUUAAGGGCAUGCAAUCAAUAAAACAAGGUAUCAACGGCUGUUGGAAAUGGCAACCAGCCGAGUGGUGUAAUAUUUGUAAGUGUAGAUUUUCUAAUAAGGCAUAAGGCAAGCAUCCUUGCUAACUAAUGUUCACUGAGUUCAUUAUGGAGUAUUGUAGUGAUAAAAAGACAACAUAGAAGCCAGACAGCAAACUGCACUGGUAAGUUACUUCCUUUUUGCUAUACCAUAUGUUAUAAAUCAAAUGUUCAGUUACACAGCAAGCUUCCCAUUGCAGUUUGAUGCCUAGCUUAGAAUUACUCUGUUAAAGUAACUGUCUAAAUUCAUAAUGUGUUAUCAAUGGCACAAGAAACUACUGGACUGUGCAAAGUAUCUUCUUGCAUGUGCAUCCAAAACCACAGACACAUCUUGGAUUCUUUUCUAGAGAGGGAUAUUCAGUAUGCCAUGUAUGGGUAUAUAGCUUAUACUGCGAUGUCUUUAAAGAUAACAAGGCCAGAAGAGAGUCUCCUGGAGUCAUACAUAUUACAUGCCACCAAUCUAGCUAUGAAGAUGGAAGAUGUGGAAGUGGAGAAGCAGUCAAAAUUAGAAGGUAGAGGUGGUAGUUAGCAUGUUGGGAUGACUGACAAAGUUGCUUAAUGUCUUGUAAGUUGAACACAAACUCAGUUCUGGUGAGUAAUUUAUCAAGGUUCAAAUUGUGUUUAAUGGAAAACAGAGAAGUUCAGUUGGUUAGUGAGAGGAGUUCAUAAACAUAAGAAUAGAACACACCUUUUUUUAUCAAAAAUACUUUUAACCUAAAGAAAUGAAUAUUUAAUGCACAGAUCACAGAACCCAGGAUACAGUGUCUAUUGGUUCCAGCCAUCGCUCUUUUCUUGACAUUAAAGCUGGAUUCAGUGCAAUAAGUGAGAGAACAGUUGGUGCUCUUCUAACUGCAAGAGGUAAGUUUAGUAAAACUGAACAAAUGUAGGAAACAUACAAAACAUAAGAAACCAGUAAAGAGCCUGCUCUUUCUAGGUUCACGUACCAGAUCAUCUUUGGCUAUCUCAUCUUCAGAGCACAGCUCUCCAUCACCACCCUCGUCCCUCAGCUUUGCACUCACAUCAGGACUAAGUCCUCGGAGGCUUCGAUCUCCUGGAGGGGUGCUGCUUCCAGACAAAAUCAAUGAAGAGGGAGUUGAAACAUUUGCAGGCAAGACAAAAAGAUAGCAUUUUACAGUCAUUGCUUGUUAUCAAGCAUUUCUUUUAAUUUCCUCAUUCAACAUAAAGCAAUACUAUCAACUUGUAAAAAAACAUAUAAUUGAUUUGACGUUAAUAACAAAAGUAUAAUUGAAGUGAAAGAGGAUGUGGACAUACCAUAUCUUCCAUUUUUAUUUUUCCAUUUUGUCACACUUGCUUACAUUUGCUCUAGCAUGGAGUUGGUGUUGAUACCAUUUUAUUGCCAUUAUUCCAAGAAUUAAUAUUUGUGCAAAUUCGUAUGUGCUACAUUGGGGAAUGUUGUUUUUGAAUAGUGAACAGCGUUUAAAUAAUGUUUAUUCACUCACAAGUUCCAAAAAAAAAUUGUGGACAAUAAUUUAUCUUGUCUAGGCAAUAGAGCAAGACCUUAACAGGGAUUGCUGACAUGAUGACGAAAGCAUUGGGUGUGUAUGAACCUUUUGUAUGUGUGAUUGCAUAUGUCUGCAUGCAAUUAUUGUUGUUCAGGUGUGCCUGUGUAGGAAUUCAAAGGAUUAAAUGACCCAGCUAGUGAAAGAAUUGUGUUUAUAAUGAGUGUAUUUUAUUAUUGAACAUGAACCUAAUCUGCAUUGCGAGUAUAUUAUAAGACUAUUUGUACACAUGGGAAUAAACACAAGAAUACAGUGCAUUUAAUUGACGUCAUUUCCAUGUUAGAUUAUAGCUACUUUAGGUUUAACAUUUUACUAAUUUAUUUACAUGGAAAUAAUACAGACAGCACGUUGUGUAAUAUUUUAAUAUAUUGCCAAAAAAGAUAGAAUAAGGGUUCUUUGGAUAUUUGUGUUAAUGGGCCUUUCCUGUACUGGGCAAGCACAGAUAGGUUUGCCAAACACACUCCCGGCAAUCCAAAAACUUUUAAACAGACAUAAUUAGCACAAUAAGUGCUACAGGGUGUGAUGAAGUGAGGUGUUUCCAUUCUUAAAUGCCUAGUUUGGCAAGGUUACAGACACUUCAGUAUUUUAAGUGCUAUUUAUGUGAUGAGUUUGUGCCACAAAAGGUGUAUAUUCAAUGUUUUUGAUAACAAAAGUUAUUGAAGAAAGAAAAGUCACAUAAAGUGUUAAACAUAAGCUGAUUAUUCCAGAAAAGUGCCCCUAAGUUCAGACAUGCGAUUAUGUGAGUACUUGUCAGUCAGAUUCAUUUCAGUUGGAAUGUUGUCCUUUUUUCCUUUUUUUGUGCAGCGGUAGGAAUCUUUACAUAUGUCAAGUGUCCUACAGCCUAAACUUUUUUCUUACCUGGGGCAAAGGUAUCCAACCUUCAACACUUUAUUUGCUGUCAACUGCACCAUCUUUAGCUUAAUAAAUAAUUGUAGAGUGUGAUGGGAGAGUGAUGUAUGUUGUUCAUACAGUGCCAGAGGUUGCCUAUUUUUUAUUUUAGAUCAUGUUUGUCUCUCUGUUUUUUCAGGUGGACCGGUGUGCCUUAAAUCAAUCUCACCCAUUAAAGAAGGAGAAAGACCAAAGGUGAGUUAGCAAACCACUUGCAUCCACUUUAGCUACCUGUCUUUUAUUUAUCAUGUGUUCUAAUAGACCAUCUUAUUUGCAAUUGUCCAUUCAUUGUAGGAUCUAACUAUUGAAGGCAUAUUUCCGUCCACCUCUGUGUGAUUUCCCAACUACCUGAAACAUAUAUGUAACCUUGUAAGGUGCCAAAACCACUGAGAAGAAAUGUAACCAAGCAACCUGGAAUAAUCUCAGUGACUACCAGAAAUGAUGGUGCUACUACACAACCAGCUUGGAAACCAUAAAAAAAAUAAAUGUUUAAAAAUGCUGAUGCCAACCUCUAAACUACAUCAGGGACAUCAGUUGGAAAUACCCCAGCAUUUACGUGGUCUUUACUGGAAUUGCACAGUGACUAUAGCUGUAAAUUAAGAAAACAGUGUAGCAAACCGUUAAUGGAAAAAAUGGAACAGCCUGUUGUAGCAUUACAGAGCACGUAUCUAAAAACUGGAACAGCAGAUCAAAAUCCGUAGGAGGCAAUUUUGCCAAAACUGGAACCGUAAUGCAUAGCGUACAAGGUACGAUUAUUUGACACAACUGGAAGAGUAGUGAAGGCAUUUAUCAUCCAGUCAGUAAAAUAGUCAGUCCUCGGCAUGGGUAAUUUUUAGCCUACAUCUCACUUCUUGACAUCUCAAUGAGGUGGAUCAGUAGAUAUAGUGAAGCUCUCAUUUAUAGAUAAAGGAACCAUAUUUUUCUCUUGUGGAAGUCAUUGGAAAGCUUCUGGGAGGUAACAGAAGUCUCUGCUCACAAACCAGGACUAUGGUAGUUUAGAGUCAUAUUUUUUUUGAUGGCACCAAAAAUAGUAUUAAUAACCAGGUAGCAACCCAAAAUAUCAGUAUUAAUGAUUGCAUAUGAAUGUAUUUGUCCUAGUAUUAAUGCCGCCAAUGAAUGCCGAUUGUUUGGAGCAUACUUAGGUUUUAAUAUCCUAUUGUGGUAAUGCAGGUGCAAUUAUACUACUAUAGCCACUCAACUGACUGUAAAAAGCAGCAAUAAACUAAAUCUAGCAGGAAUGUCAGCUCUAUAACCAAGCUAUUAACACAUUUAACCACAUUUUUACUAGUAUAUGCAGCUAUUUAGCCUUAGUAGUUUGGGUAACAAUAGUAAACCAUAGUGAUGUAUAAAUAGGGUAAAUAUCCUUAUGGUACGUGCUAGUAAAAGCCAUAGUUAUCCAGGAAGGCAAGACAUCUCAUAUAGGAAUAUAUAUACCUUCUUGCUAAUAGGCUAAAUGUAGGAGGGAAAUAAUAGUGUCUUAGAAUAAUGCACACAUGCAUGUAGAUCAAUAACAUAACUGGAUUUUAAUAGGGACUGUUACUGCAGACUGGAGAAUGUAUCUGUUGCAGAGGAUCUUGGGAAUUAUGAAGGUUUUUUGGGGGGAUAUUCAUGGACUUUGACAUGAAGGAUGCAGUAGGAUUAUGGUACACUGUUUGAUGUUAAAAACAGUUGAGCUGUGAGUUAACCAGACUAUAGCGGAUCAGUUAAUUACUAACUGAUGUCUGAUGGGUAAAAAAAGAAAAGAAAAUCCUUAAGGAUUUGCAUUUAUUAACUCAAUGGGAACAUGUUUUGAUCUAGAAGGCAGUGUUAUCAUUGUGCAACCUGCGAGGAAGUGCAUGUGAAAAGAUAGCACUAUUGUCUACAGUUUUUUUUGUUUUUUAUAUAUCAUACAAUCCAUCUUCUCCUCGUCUGAAUUUGCACUUUUGUUUUUGUUAAGCACUUGUCACAAAAAGCAUGUAAUGCUUCAUAUACUCACUCCCCUUUAUCGAUACUUUGCAUGAGACAGCUUAGGUUCAUUUGUCUUCAGUAAUAUUCAGCAUACCCCACAACUCUCUAGAGCAGUUUUUUGCCAUAAUCCCACAGUCUGGGGAUUUUUAGGAAACUGGGAAUUGUGGAGAAUUGACAAGGUUGUAGUAUCAUACUAAGGGGUGUUGAGAAGAUCCUCCCCAUGUGUGUACACAUAGCACUCCUUCCCCAAACUGAAUUGUGGACAAGUUGGACCGAGGGCCAGAUUUAUAUCAAGAGCACAUGUUGACAGAGAAUUCAAAGCAUCUCCCCCACCCUCAACACAAAAAAAGGAAAAUUGAUUAGUUAAAUAUGAUUAAAAAAUGUAUACAUACAGACAUAUAAAAUGUGUCUGUGUUAGUGUAUGUGUAUAGUAGUUUGUGGGUAGCAGCAUAUGUUACAGUGUGCAGCUGUGUGUGUAACACUUUGCUUGCAGCAUGUGUAACUGCCAUGUUUUAAAGGGGGUGGAUAUUCUGGCCCCUGUCCUCUCCUUUCCGGAUACUGAUGUGUUUUGUCUAAUGGGGAAAGAGAAGAGAUCACGUUCCAUCACACCUGUUGUCUUGCAGUCUCUCUUUCUGUAAUUGCUCUCUGGGAGGACAGGAAAACACUGAGGGUGGUUAACUUUAACAGACACAGUAAGCACUUGUGGCACCCCUAUGAGGUAUGCGCCUGGCCCAUAGAAUGAGAUGACUGCCUAAUCUGUAAUUGGAGAUUAAAAUGGCAUGCAGUAAGCAAAGAGGGUGGAGAUAUGGCCACUAACUGUACACCACUCCAAACACAGACUGGACAGAGUCAGGGCUAGCGCAAACAUAAUGCAACACAGGUAGCUGCCUUAAGAGAUACAGAGAUCCUCUACCAUGGUCCAUGUGGCCAUGCUACAUGAGGGAGGUAAGCAGACACAGGAGAGGAGAGGGUGAAAGAGACCACAAAGGGAUGGGGGUUGUGGAAGGGACACAUAACAGAGGAUGGGGGGAGACACAGAGGAGCUGGUGAGGAAGGCACACAAUGCUGGGACACACACAAAUGGGCUGUGGGGGAGCAAGAGAGACACAGAGGGAUGGGGGGGGGAGGCACACAAAAGGGCAGGAAAAGGGAAGAAAGAAACACAAAAGGUACUGGGGGGAGAAAGAGACACACAGAUCAGCAGGGGGAAAGAGGCACACAGAUGGGAAAGGAGGAGAGACACACAGAUGGAUUUGGUGGGACGACGACACGCAGAUAGACUGG